CAGCGGGUAACCAUGGCAACACUCCAAGCGACAUGCAUGCCGGCCUCGCAAGAGAUGGAGGGAGAAGCUGAAGAUGGUGUUGGCUGGGCCCACUCUUCUCUAUACAAUACCUGGCUCCCUGCACCAUGCCAACAGACCACCAGGGAGUGUAAUGUCCCCCUCCCUGGCCAAAGGUAAGAGUCAUAAAUAGGGGGAAUAAAUCAAGUUUUAUUAAAAUUUGCAAAAAAUGUUUUCUCCGCAGAAUGCAGCCCCUAUCUUAUCCCACAUAUUUACACACACUACACAAACACACUCUGCAUCCACUACACAAACACACUCUGCAUCCACUACACAAACACACACUGCAUCCACUACACAAACACACUCUGCAUCCACUACACAAACACACUCUGCAUCCACUACACAAACACACACUGCAUCCACUACACAAACACACACUGCAUCUACUAUAUACACAGUGCAUCCACUACACAAACACACACUGCAUCCACUACACAAACACACAAUGCAUCCACUAUACCCCAUCUUAACUACAAAACACACUCUGCAUCCACUUCACAAACACGCACUGCGUCUUCUAUAUACACAGUGCAUCCACUGCACAAACACACACACACACUAUGCACACUGCCAUAACUACAAAAACACACACAAUGCAUCCAGUACAAAAACACACUUUGCAUUCACUAUACACACACUACAUCCAGUACAAAAACACACACUGCAUCCACUAUACACACUACCUCAACUACAAAACACACACUGCAUCCACUAUACACACUGCAUCCACUAUACACACUACCUCAACUACAAAAACACACACUGCAUCCACUAUACACACUGCCUCAACUACAAAACACACACACUGCAUCCACAAUACACACUACCUCAACUACAAAACACACACACUGCAUCCACUAUACACACUGCCUCAACUACAAAAGCACACAUUGCAUCCACUGUACACCCUGCCUCAACUACAAAAACACAUACUGCAUCCACUAUACACACUACCUCAACUACAAAAACACACACUUUGCAUCCACUAUACACACUGCCUCAACUACAAAAGCACACACUGCAUCCACUGUACACACUCUGUAUUCAGUGCAUAUAUUACGCACAAACACAUAGAAUCUGCAUUCACUACACGCACACUCCUCAUCCACUCCACACAUAAUGCUUUCUCAUGGGCAGGUUUGGGAUGCGCCCUGUAGGUGGACUCAGAGGCGGCCCCAGACAUUGAGCUGUGUAAGGGGCACCAACAUUUCUGAUGGCACCACUGGUGGGAGGUGUGCAGUAACUCUACCACAUUUGGCAGGAAUGACCUGCAAUGCCCUUGUGAGGAUAUAGUUAAAUGCUGCAUUUUUACAGUAGCCUUUUAGGCGUUCCAUUUCUAGGCAAAAGGAUACAGGUCUCAAAUCAGGACUGAUUUUCCAGAUGCAGGACUGUUGGCAGCUGUGGAAUGCAACCUCUAGUCACUAUUGAUGAGUUUUCUGGCAGUUGUGGUAGGUGCAGGCAUUCUCUUAACCUGCUGGGUUUACCUAUCUCACUGUAUCCAUACUCGGCAAUGGUCCCUAGUUUGAUGAGACAGUCCUGAAUGUGGACCCUCGCCCUGGAGUACUGUCCCCAGAACAUACAGUUGAUACAUUGUUGUUGAAGAGCCAGUAGCCAAACUUCGGCUAUUUCUUUAUUUUUGUAUAUGGUCAGGGAGGGGUAGGUGAUUAAUAUGUUGUUAAAGCUGGCACUGUAUAAGCAAACGUCAUUGUUAAUACCAACCUGUGGGUCCAGCAGUUUAUUAACAGAUAAAUCAGUGCCAGAGUCAAGCACUGACCUAACUGCUUUAUAAUGCGUUUCCUUGAAUUUAGUUCUUAGCUCAUGUUUGUCCCAAUUCCAAUACCAGUCCAACCAAUGAAAGGAGACCACUGAUGCCUCCACCUUAUUUAUAAAUACAAUAGGAAGAUCUGUACACCCUCGAGUUUACCAUUUAGUGGCCAGUAGCAGAUAUUGACCCCCUUGGCAUAAUGGGCUUUUAGUUGCUGGAGUUGCUGUCACAGCAAUAACAAACUUAAAAUAUGUCCAUUGUUUAUAUGAAAGUGCCUGUGGAUUUGGUACACACUCCAUGUCUCCUAAAUAAAAAAACUAAAUUAAGGGAGGGGGCGGAUUAUAAUAUGGUAUAUCCAGAAAUGCAAAGUUUAUAGAAUUUUAUUACUGAAUACUCCUAUAUGGGUUGAAGUGUUCUGGUGACGUGUGUAUGCGUUGCUUUUUUUUCUUGAUGUUUCUAUGAGGAUUUUGAUCGUAACCUAAAAAUAUAAUUACAUGAAUUGUUCGCUUACUUCGAUUUUCUCAGUUUUAAUCAUCUAUUCCUAGUUAUAUAUAAUAUCUCAUGGAUAGAUCGUGAAUUGAUAAAAGAGGUAUUGAAUAUCCGGUGUAGAUAAUAUUAUCUAGCUCAAUGUUAGUGUGCAAUUUACUCUUAUUCGUGGUAGUCCUAUUGCUGAUACAAUAUUAUACCAUUCUAGGCCCCUUCGUUUCUCCUUUUUUUUUUGUGGGAUAUAAUGUUGCCCAACAUUUAGAAAACGAGGCCAGCUGCCCCUGCCUGCACUUCAAUCCAGGAACAAGCAUUAUGGCUCUGGUACACGUGACUAUACAGUUUUAAACACAAAUAUUAAAAUUGUGAUAUAGAAGUAUUACACUAUUGCAGCUUUCUUUUCACAAGUGUGUAUAUCUCACACUUGCACAGAGACCACAGAUUCAGAGGCUUAUCAAUGAGAGAAGCCUCUGAUAGAUUAUUUCUCUGGGGAAAUGUAUUUUAUGGGGGAAAAGUGGAGGGUUUGCAAAGGUUGCAGUUCAUAAGAACUUAAGUUUUUGCAAGCUAUUUUAAGAAAUUAAUGCAUGAUUUUUUUUUUACCCCUAGCCGUGGGGGCCCACUAAGAUAUAUUUGUGCUAUAGUGUUGCUUUAAUGAUUUAUAACAGCUGCUUUCAAUAUUAAGCCCCAUGUUUUGGGCAGAGCUUGUCUCAGUAAGCUUAUUAUAUACUGGUAUAAUAUAGGGAGAUUAGUUAAGACUCGGGGCACGCAUACUACCCCUCCUUCCCAGCAUGCACAGGGUUAUUCACUUCAAUUUGAGUUGCCGGGAAUCCUAAGUAAAUGCUCUGCUGUCGAGGACAAGGGGCGCGAUGUGAUCAGCGAUUCCUAAAAUGAGAAUAGUAUGCCACCUGGUGACAAAACAUAGAACAGCAAACUGAGGGUUUACUAUUGAAUUAUGUCAAACAUCAAUUUCUGUUUUGUAAGUUUCAUUGUGCCGUAAAGUGGAGUUGAUCAUUUCCGGCGCAUCGUAAAGACUAGUUUAAAGAAAUUUUGUUUGCCUCACUCUUCCAGAAUAAUGUUGUGGCAUCGAUUUUAUUUUAUUUAUUUUUUUAUUUAUUUUUUCAUAUAGCGUCACUGAAUAAAAACCAUAAUUAAGUAGCCAUUUAUGCCAAUAGGGUCUUUCCAUAGAGCGCUGAGAGAUGUGAAAAUGGCACUAGUAAAUAAAGUCUACCUCUCGCAUUUAGAGAGAAUAUGUGACGCAGAGGUGUCUGGAAAUGAACACUGUAAUAAGUCUGAAUGACACAAGUAAAUCGGAGCAAAAUUUUAACAUAUAUAGCGUUUGUGACGCAGAGUUGUUUGAACUUUUAUGGCACGGAGAGAGAAGUGAGCAUGACGUGAGUAAAGCGAGGGCUACUACCUGAAAUUGGAGCAUAUAGUGUAUUAAUGUGAUGCUUAGGGAUUUUGUAGCUAAAGGCAAAUUGCAGCAGAGUAUUAUGCUACAGAAUGAUCUAUAUGAGUGUGCGUCAUACAUUGAACAAACUUUUAAAGGACCACUAAAGUGCCCUAAGGGUGCCCCUACCCUCGUGGCCCCACUCCUGUCGGGAUGAAGGGGGAGGAAGGGGGUUAAACACUUUUCUCCAGCGCCGGGCUCCCUCGGCACUGGGGACUCUCCUCUUCCUUGGGUCAUCAUCAGCUGAACGUGCAUGCGCGGCAAGAGCUGCACGCGCAUUCAGCCAGUCCAUAGGAAAGCAUUCUCAAUGCUUUCCUAUGGACGCUGGCGUCUUCUCACUGUGGAAAUCACAGUGAGAAGCGCGGAAGCGCCUCUAGCGGCUGUCAAUGAGACAGCCACUGGAGGCUGGAUUAACCCUAAAGUAAACAUGGCAGUUUCUCUAAAACAGCUAUGUUUACAGCAGGCAGGGUUAAUCCUAGAGGGACCUGGCACCCAGACCACUUCAUUGAGCUGAAGUGGUCUGGGUGCCUUUAGUGGUCCUUUAAAUAUUGACAAUGUGCGAUCUACAUAAAUUGUGCAUCAUUGGGUAAGCAAAGGUUUUGACGUGAGCAACAAUUGACAUUUCCGAUAUUUUAGAAAUGCAAAAUUGAUAGCCCAGGGCUAUUCUCUAAAGGGAGAAUUCAAAGGGAUUCUCAAAUUCAAGGUGAACCUUGGCAAAAAUAUCACAGUCCGCUACGCUUGCAGUACAGCUAUUUUGGCCUUAAACUUUAAUUCACUUUGAAUUCUUAUUUUUUAGUGCAUAACCCUGUAAAAAUUCUACUCUUACACGCACAAUACAGCUUUCGAAUAGGAUAUCACCGUUAUACAAGUUUUCCUACAUUUGAAGUGUUGUGGAGAUAUUUUGUAUCCGUGUUGUGGAGAUGUUUUGUAUCCGUGUUGUGGAGAUGUUUUGUAUCCGUGUUGUGGAGAUGUUUUGUAUCCGUGUUGUGGAGAUGUUUUGUAUUCGUGUUGUGGAGAUGUUUUGUAUUCGUGUUGUGGAGAUGUUUUGUAUUCGUGUUGUGGAGAUGUUUUGUAUCUGUGUUGUGGAGAUGUCUUGUAUCCGUGUUGUGGUAAUGAAUGUUUUCAUGUGCUAUUCUAGGCACAUAGUGUGUUUUAUUCUUUAAAAUCAUACAUCUGCCAGCAAUUCUUAUAAUAUUUACUUUAGACAUCCCUUCUUUUACAGAUAAUAUUUAUAAUAACCUCUACAGCCCUGUGAAUGUUAGGAAUAAUUUCCAUUUUUGAAUUUUUUUAUAAAAGUAUAUAUUUUUCAAACAUCGCUCUGGUUACUAUGUUCGUAGAGUUAGAGUAGGACCACCAUAGUCUAAUCCGAAGAAUUUAAACGAAACACAGAGAUUUAGGUGCUCGAUUAUAGACUUAUGAAAAAGCUGCAGUCAAUCUUACAAGGAUUCACAAAACCUUGUGGAAAUCUAUAAUUUUGACCAAGAACAAACCGUAGAUGACAGCCCGGUCAUCUACUAUUUGUUCUUAAUCUGAAGAAUUGACUGACAGGUGGGAGGCAGACCUAUAUUUUAAAUAGGAUUUUCAGACUACCUAUCAUCUAUAUAAGACUGGUGAAUGAAAAAUAAUGGGUGGUGUACGCGGAUUAUAUAUUAUAAGAUACAAGAGGUACAUUGUACAAAUAACAGCGCUCAAAACCGCUAGUUAGUUGUAUUAAAGGGAUGCUCCAGACCCCUAAACCCCUUUAGCGUGCUUUAAGUGUGAAGACUGUGUCCUUCCCUUCGAACAGAAUAGGAAUUGACACUUUUAUAAAUUGAUCAUGUUAUGCCCCCCUGGCUGUCAAUUAGACAACAGUUCCUGUUACUUCCUGGUUUGUUUAUCUCUGUCAUAUUCAUUCAAAGAUUUUUUUUACCUUUCAGUCAAUUAGUUCCAGCAGUAAUUCCUGUUUUCCGCCACUAGUGGCCUCACUAGCCUCUAGUGGCUAGUCUAACCAAAAACACUCUCACCUGAAUAGCAUGAUCAUCCAAACAUGCUAUAAGAAGCCACACCUGACUUCAAAGGGUGCCUUUACUUUGAUUGAAGUUUGAGCCCUGAAGUGGACAAGAUUAGGGAUUAAUCAUCCCUUCUUAUUAGGGAUGUGCAUGGGGAAAAUAUUCAGUUCGGUUCAGCAUUCCGAAAUUCGGGACUUCAGUUCGGAACUUCGACACUUCAGGACUUCAGAUGUUCUCUUGCAGACGCUUAGUAGAUAACUCCCUAAUUCCCACGGUGUUAGGGAGCUAUCUACCAAAAGGCUGAAAGAACCAAAUUGGUCUUUCAGACAAAUUUAAUAAUUAAAGAUUACUUAGUAUUAAUAAAUUCUGCCUCUACUUGCUAUACCGCGAGUAGGGGCAUGUCUAUUAAACAGUGAAAAAAGUAAAAAAAAUUAAAAAAACAACAAGUCCCCCUGUCCGAGCCCCCACCCAUGCUGCAUGAGUGGGGGCUUCUAACCUGAAGGGGGGACCUAUUGCCUCCCCCCCCACCCUUUAGCGGUGGGUGGGGGCCCUAGAGUAAAAAAAAAAAAAGUGGAGGGGGACCUAUUGUGCUCUCCACCAGUGGGUGGGGGCCCUAAUGAAGAAUAAGGGGGGAGACCUAUUGUCCUCUCCCCGGCCCCCACCCCUGAGCAGCAGGUGGGGGCCCAAAAGUAAAAUAAUGGGGAGGGGAAACCUAUUGUCCUCCCCCCGGCCCCACCCCUGAGCGGUGGGUGGGGCCCUAAAUUAGAAUAAGGGGGGGGCUAUUGUCCUCCCCCCCCCUGGCCCCACCCCUGAAUGGUGGGUGGGGGCCCUAAAUUAGAAUAAGGGGGGACCUAUUGUCCUGCCCCCACCCCUGAGUGUGGGUGGGGGCCCUAAAUACCAAUAAGAGGGGGUGGGGCCCUAAAUAAAAAUGUCACCCCCCUCUCAACAAAAUUAAUGAACCCCUACCUACCCCCCUCACCCUAAAAAUAGUGCGCAAAAAAAGUAAUCCAUCUUUACCCAUGGAGGGCUCCACGCAGACUGAGCUCCGCAGGGUGGGGGAAGGCUUAUAAAGCCUUGCCUUGCCCAGCAAUUAGGCUCAGAGCACUCUGGUUAGUUGGUUUAAGCCAUCUAAUCAGAAUGCUCUGACAGGUAAAUGAAGAGACUGACAUGUAAGUCUCUACAUUUACCUGUCACAGCACUCUGGUUAGCUUAAAAUUCAACCAAUCAGAGUGCUGUGUCAGUUUACACAGUGUAGGAAAGUUCUUUGGGAUUUUCCCACACUGUGUAAUAUGACUCAUAACUCUCUGAUUGGUUACUUGCAAUCAACCAAUCAGACAGUCAGAGUGUUGUCAUGCCACUUCGUCAAUUCAGCUAUUCGGACAUUCGGAAUGAAAGGAAUUGCAAUGUCCACUUCUUAUCCUGGCUCCUACUCUGAAAUCCUGAUACUAUCCAACUCAUUCUCACUUACUGAACACUGCUUAACCAACCUGCAGAUCCUGAUCUUCUAUUCCUACUACCAGCUUUAAUCAAUACUGGACUUUGUUUCACUAUUGCUUCGUUCCUAUAAAUUACCGAUAACUAUAUAACUAACCUGGAAAUCCUGAUCUUCUAUUCCUUCCAGUUUUAUUCAAAUACCGGACUUUGAUUUAUUAUCGCUUUAUUUCUACACUGAACUAACCUGGAUAUUACAACAUUCCUUCUCUUCUCCUUCAUACUCUCCUAUAAUUUCGAUUAUAGGUUCUCCUUCAUACUUGCCUUCUACUUCUAUUUAUCUCUUACAACCUGUAUCCUGAUCACCUGCGAAGUUAUCUCCUUUAUCUGUAUUGUUUUCUUUUCCCUUAAGUUCUGCUACUAUUAUUAUUUUUCUUGUCAAAAGUUCAAAAUAAAGAACAUAAAGUUAACCCCAGCAUACGUUUCUUGUCUGACCUGAUGCAAAACCUGACAAUCUCAGUGAAACUAAACUCGAGACAGCAAUUGCCCAGAGCACCUGCCUUGUAAAGACUACUCAUUGAGCUGCAUUAAAAAAUCUGUGAUUGGACAGCGACAGAAAGUCUGGGUGGGGUCAGAAGCGGAGGGCUUGUGAAGACUGAAGACAACAUAGAAUGUGACGGCAGAUAAGAACCAUUUGGCCCAUCUAGUCUGCCCAAUUUUCUAAAUACUUUCAUUAGUCCCUGGCCUUAUCUUAUAGUUAGGAUAGCCUUAUGCCUAUCCCACGCAUGCUUAAACUCCUUUACUGUGUUAACCUCUACCACUUCAGCUGGAAGGCUAUUCCAUGCAUCCACUACCCUCUCAGUAAAGUAAUACUUCCUGUUAUUAUUUUUAAACCUUUGUCCCUCUAAUUUAAGACUAUGUCCUCUUGUUGUGGUAGUUUUUCUUCUUUUAAAUAUAGUCUCCUCCUUUACUGUGUUGAUUCCCUUUAUGUAUUUAAAUGUUUCUAUCAUAUCCCCCCUGUCUCGUCUUUCCUCCAAGCUAUACAUGUUAAGAUCCUUUAACCUUUCCUGGUAAGUUUUAUCCCCAAUCCAUGAACCAGUUUAGUAGCCCUUCUCUGAACCCUCUCUAAGGUAUCAAUAUCCUUCUGAAGAUACGGUCUCCAGUACUGUGUACAAUACUCCAAGUGAGGUCUCACCAGUGUUCUGUAUAAUGGCAUGAGCACUUCCCUCUUUCUACUGCUAAUACCUCUCCCUAUACAACCAAGCAUUCUGCUAGCAUUUCCUGCUGCUCUAUUACAUUGUCUGCCUACCUUUAAGUCAUCAGAAAUAAUCACCCCUAAAUCCCUUUCCUCAUAUGUUGAGGUUAGGACUCUAUCAAAUAUUCUGUACUCUGCCCUUGGGUUUUUACGUCCAAGAUGCAUUAUCUUGCACUUAUCCACAUUAAAUAUCAGUUGCCACAAUUCUGACCAUUUUUCUAGUUUACCUAAAUCAUUUGUCAUUUGGCUUAUCCCUCCUGGAACAUCAAGCCUGUUACAUAUCUUAGUAUCAUCAGCAAAAAGACAUACCUUACCAUCAAGACCUUCUGCAAUAUCACUAAUAAAAAUAUUAAAGAGAAUGGGUCAAAGUACAGAUCCCUGAGGUACCCCACUGGUGACAAGACCAAGCUUCAAAAGAGAUGCAUCAGCAGUAAAGUCCCCAUCUAGACCUCUAGAAGAGGCUCCACUAAUCAGGCGCCUAAUAUUCUGGUUUAUAGGUUCUGAUCUAAUCCCAUAUAUCACUGUUCAUAUGAUUUUAUGAGAGAUGUACUCCAGCUCCUGUCGCAGUCUCAUUCUUCCCAAGUGUCCCUAUUUAGGAGGCACAGUCCAUGUUAUAGGCCCAAAUUGCUCUGCCCCCUUUUCUAUCUUAAUGUCCCUCUUAUCUAGGAGCUCCGUGUUCUUGGUCUGUCUUGGCGAAUUUCAGGCAAUUCAUCCAUUCUUUUGAAAGACUAAUGGCUAAAUUCACAACACAACAAAUAAAAUGAAGAACGAAUUGCUUGCUGGUGAAAAUUUUGUUCAUGCAAUUCGGCCUUUUGUUUGUUUGUUUAUUUUUUAAUUAUGUGGAGGGUGGUACCUGCUCCCUCUAGCUAAUUUGAUUAUUUAAAAAUAGAAGUCGUGAGGAGCUCUGCUCUCCUUCACUUCCUAAAUCCUCCCCAUGCUCCCCCUCACCCAGUGCAACGAGUGACGGGUUAAAUUGUGCAUGCUUCAUUUAGGUGAGAGAAUUCCUAAACUAAGCUACAAAUAAAUACCAUAUCAUCCCUAAAUUCAUAUAUGGGAGGUUUAAAUCCUCCCUCAUUGCCUUGGGUAGGUAGGAGCACGUCUACCAAGCCGUGGUUGUUCGCGGUCAUGAAAGAAUAGGGACUAGGCUGUUAUUGUAGCCCAAAAGAACCAAAAGUGUUUAAGCGCUAUGGAAUAUAAUACAGACAAAAAAGCAGCACUUAAACCAGUGAUACAGAAAGAUGUACACAAAAUAAAGUUACCAAAAAAGCACGCUAGAUUAGUCUGUAAACCUAGAAAGAGACAAAGAAUAGUGCAGACUAAGUUAAAAAAACGGGGGUGUGAGGGAAAAAAACUCGCAUAUACCAGAGCCCUAUCAGCCCUGGCUCUGGGUAUUCAAAGCUCCUAUGGAGAGGGGGUAUCUCCAACUGAAUAGUAUCAAAAAUAAUUUAUUAUAAGACAAAAGUUAAAAUCCUUACUUGGUAAAUAGUGGGUUAUGCUAACAAAGCUACCCAAAUAAAAGCAUAUAAAACGGCAAAACGAAAGUCACUUCCUGGUUUCGUCCUUCCCGAUCACUGGAUCCGCUUCCGGGUCCGCCUCUCAAAUGAUGUAUGCGUGACGCGUUUCGCCCGCCUCCACAGGCUUCCUCUGACACCAUCAUUCCACUCCAGCCCUCUCUCUUAAGCGUCUGUCUCCUCCCCCUCUAUUGUCCCAUUGGUCGGGGGUCUAAUCAACCGAGCUGAUCUAGCUCCUUCAUUAUACAGAUGUAGAUUCGAACAUCUACAUCUGUAUAAAGUAAGUUCCACCUACUGUUGUAUGCAAACGUUUAAUCUAACUAGCUUACUUAGAUCAAUUAAGGGCUGGUGUUUAUCUAAUAAUUGCACACAAUAUCAAGUCAAUCGAAUACAGAACAUAUAUUGUUCUUAAAGAUCAAUAAUAUAAAAAAUAUACACACUUAGAUUUCAGUAUUAAAUAUACACAUCAAUCAGAUGGAAUUAGAAGAAUGUUGUUUUAUAGUUAUGGAUAUUCUUGUUUAAAGAGAUAUUCACCCUUAAUAUCAUACUUUAGUCUAUAUAUUUGUCCACUAAGGACAGUGUACCACAAAAUCCAAAACACUCUUAUUUAGAUACCAAAAUGCUAUAAAAUAAUACAAAUUCAUAAGACUCAAAAAUUACACAGGGUCCUUUUAUAUAACAGUACUGAUACUCUCUCUAUGCUCUGUUUGCACAGCAUUAUCAAGCUAUCAGUGGAUAUACUGCUUGGUGUUAUUGUAGCCCAGUCGCAAAUUCUAUAAAGGAGUAACCUGGCACACUUCCCUUGUCCACAUGGUCAAUUAAUUGGUCAAUUAAUAAAAUCAUGAAGCACAGGGAAAUGGUGUCCCCACCAGGGCCAGCAGGUGAGGACUAUUAAAUACCUAGUGUCCCUCCAUCGUUUGGCAUACGGCUGCUCUAAAUAGAAUAACUGUAAAGACCUAUUUACCCCAGAUGGGGUUAAUAACAUGCAAUAAUAACAUACUAUUGUCCAUACCCAAAAAUUGGCUAGGGUUCUCAAAGUCCCUAACCUCACCCCUUAAUUAAAAUAUCAUACCUAUGCCGGUCACCCUAAUAAUAGUAAUGGAGUCUCACUAGAGGUGUCCUUAAACACACUAUGAACACUGUCUAUUCUCAGAAAAGACCGUGUUUGCAUGGCAAAGCCUGUAGGGAGAAUUUUUGCCCAAGAAUUCCUACAUUAAGCUGAAUUUUAGUUUGAAACCCUAGAGGCCCCUCCAGUCCCAGUUGCUUUGUACCCUGCUGUCUGUACUUGUAUAUACAGCAGAUUUCUAUAUGAGAACCUACUGUUAUUCUCAAUACCCUAAAGGGAAACUAUAGUCACACAGACCACUUAAUAGCAUUAAAGUAUAUCGUAUGAAUCAACUAUUAAAGGUUAAUAUUUAGGCAUUAAGCUUCCUAUUUUCAGUCAUCUAUGGCAUACUAUAUCUGUUUGUAAACUGUUGGUACAGGUUUGUUUUGUAUAUAUUUUUUUUCUGUUUAAAAACAUCAACAAAAUUUAUUAAGAUUAAAAAAAAAAAAGUUGGAUAAUUUUAUUAAUUUAUAUAUAUACACAACGACCUAUUCAUCAACACAGACAGACCGACUCACACUGACACACAUUCAUUGAUACAUACAGACACACUCACACACUGGCGCACAUUCAUUGAUACAUACUGGCACAUUCAUACAUAAAUACAGACGCUCAAAGUGACACACAUUCAUAAAUACAGACACAUACAAGCAUUUGCAUUUGAUAUUGUUCUCUGUUCUUGUUAGACAAUUGAUAAUUACGUGUAUGCGUGAGUGUGUUUUCUACUGGACAAUAGUGUUGCUAUAUUGCCUCCAGCUGGUCAUACAGUGGAACUGCAAGUAUUUUUAUGAUUUAAAGUACCACAUUAUGUUUUCCAUUAUACAGCGUAGGUAAGGUUGGAUAAAGGAUUUACAUGACCGUGUCUUCCAUGGACAUUCACAGUAAUAUAAAUAAUAUGUUUACCUUCUCUGAUCCAGCGUAGUUAAAUACUACAAUUUUUUUCCCUUUUUUUUUUUUUGCAAACCAGAUUUAGGCAUCCAUAGAUGUAAAGUGUCCUUUACAUCUGUAUUUGAAAGCCAGAUCUGGGCAAUGCUAAUAAACAUGCCACGGUUUAAUAUGUUGUCUUCUUGACCAUUAGGAAGUCAUGAAAUAUAACUAAACUAAAGAUACGUUCUCCUUAAAAUUAGACUCUUGAAGACUCGAACGUUCUAAAAUCGCACUUUUUUAUUUUUUUUCUAUAAGGGCAGAAAAUCCAAACCUCAUCACACCACUGCAUUCUUUGAUAGUAUCGAAGGCAACGCAUUUCACAUAACUUUAACCAAUGUUUGCAUUCAGUCUAUUUAGUCUAGAGAUAAUGGCUCCUCCACGACUUUCUGAUACAUACUAUAGAAAUAAUUCUUAAAGCCGGGAGAAUGAAUGCGUUUUCUAUGCUAUAUGUCUGGUUUGGUGCACAACAAGGUGUGACCAGUCGCAGGAAUUUAGAGUGUGGGUGGGAGAUGGUAUCUGACUCCUCAGUGUUACUACGGACAGAUAUGUAUAGAAUUACUAUGUAUGAACACACAGGAAAGGAGAAAAAAUAUACACUUCUAUUUACAAUCGCUAAACCUAUUAUUGAAGUUAAUUGCAGCAAAUCUGAUUAUUAACCCCUUAAGGACACAUGACGGAAAUAUUCCGUCAUGAUUCCAUGUUAUUCCAGAAGUUGUGUCCUUAAGGGGGUUAAAUUGGGUUAUUUCUAAUCCUUUCCUAUGGUUCUGCUGACCCGUGUGAUCACACCAGUUUCCAGAUCGACCCUUUUUUGUAUGACCUGAAGAGCUUACACUCUUCACAAUAAGAAGAGUGACUGGUGGUGCAAUUAAUCCAUUCCUGCUCAUUCAUUGUGCAUAUUAAUGCUUUAUGUAAAAAAUAAAAAAUAAAAAUCAAGUUAUCAACUAAAAAUAUAUUCGUUAACAAUUUGUUUCAUUUUAAUGUAGAAAACCGUGGAUCUCCGCUACCAAAUGUGUUAGUAGUUUUGCUCUCCACUACAUUUUAAGAGAACUGAGCUGAAAUUAUUUAAAACACAACAGUAAGGAAAAAAAAUCAUCAUUUGAUUAUUCCUAUCUAUUUCAUUAUACCUGCCUAUUCAGCAGUUAACAAGUACAGCCUUCUGCAUAACCUUCACCCUCUGUUUUUUUUAAUCUCUCAAGGAUUUGUUAUCUCCUACCCAGACAUUUUAUGGUAGAAGGCAAGUUCACCUCCUUUCCAUUGAAAGGUGAAAAAGGUGUGGACAAGUUGUAUGUACCAGUAUACCUUAAAGGGACACUAUAGUCACCUGAACAACUUUACUUUAAUGAAGCAGUUUUGGUGUAUAGAACAUGCCCCUGCAGCCUCACUGCUCCAUCCUCUGCCAUUUAGGAGUUAAAUCCAUUUGUUUAUGAACCCUAGUCACACCUCCCUGCAUGUGACUUGCACGACCUUCCAUAAACACUUCCUGUAAAGAGAGCCCUAUUUAGGCUUUCUUUAUUACAAGUUCUGUUUAAUUAAGAUUUUCUUAUCCCCGGCUAUGUUAAUAGCUUGCUAGACCCUGCAAGAGCCUCCUGUAUGUGAUUAAAGUUCAAUUUAGAGAUUGAGACACAAUUAUUUAAGGUAAAUUACAUCUGUUUGAAAGUGAAACCAGUUUUUUUUUCAUGCAGGCUCUGUCAAUCAUAGCCAGGGGAGGUGUGGCUAGGGCUGCAUAAACAGAAACAAAGUGAUUUAACUCCUAAAUGACAGUGAAUUGAGCAGUGAAAUUGCAGGGAAUGAUCUAUACACUAAAACUGUAGGUGACUACAGUGUUCCUUUAAUGUAGGAAUAAUCUCUCCACACUGCUCUUCCCCCAUUUAGGAUAGUUAGCAUUUUUUAAAAUCUUGUUUCACAUGAUCAAGGAUAAAUAACCUGACAAUGUACUCUAUUUAUAUGCCCAGUUAUCACCAAGCAAACUGAAUUCUGUGCCUUAUUUUUACGUUUCUAUUUAAUAAGUAGAAUUUUAGCUGUUUCUUUUUCAAGUAAAGAUGUGCUAGUCUGUCUGCUAGUUUGAUGCCUAAAUUAUUAUUUUUUCUAUCACUCCAUAAAAAAUAUUUUGAUGCAUGAUCUUAAAGCUGAGCUUAACCGUUUGAACUGAUCCUUUUUAUUACAUUUGCUAUUUAUCGACACUCUAAUGGCUGCAGAAGAGUCGUUGAUGAUGUUGAUAUAAUCCUAGUCGCACCAUUCCAUGAUUUUCGUACACUCCGCUUACCAUUAUCAGAUUGGAUGAUCGUGGUCAAAAGUCAUAAAAUAUUAUUGAUCGGUUACCAUUAAUUGUAAUGUAGCCCUAAAGUUUGCUUAUUGCUAGAGCUCAGAUGGCAUAGGAUGAGUCUCUUUUGGACACCAGAGAUGUGUAGAAGCUUGCCCUAAGCCCUAGGCACAAACAUAUAAUGUUAAAGCACUGAUUCUCUCUCUGCAGUAAGGACCAUGACUGCCUGCCUAGCGCACAUUACCUAAGUUCUGCCAAUUCCAGCUGUUCCUGCUACGCUCUCUGGAGUAGGAGAGGUUCACCCACUAGAAGCUGGAUCCUGGUCUUGGGUCCAGGGUGGGUGGAGGACGGUUAGUUCCCAGCCAACUGUAACGCUGAACGUGAGGACUGCGGUGCUGAUUGUGUCUGGUGGAGUGCUUGGAGUCCUUGGUGAGCACUAGGAGCAUCCGUCGGCAGAGGUACCCAACCGAGAUACAGGAAGCUCCGUUAGAGACCCAAAAUUAUAUUUCCACAAUGCUUUACCCACAUCUUGGUUCUGCUUCUAAUAUGUCUAGGACAUCCUCACAUUUUACGAGUAGCGAACUUUGACUACAUUACCCAAAUGUGCUACAUCACAGAACAAUGACUACAAUAUUGACUGCGCUACAUAAUUGCCAACUGACCACUGACUAAAUUGUCCAACUGAGCUGCAGCACUGCCAGAUCUGACCACUGGCUACAUUACGAAAUUGUGAUUCAAUUAAAGGGCCACUGUUGGCACCCAGAUCACUUCAGCUCAUUGAAGUGGUCUGGGUGCUGUGCCCCUUUUGCACCUAGUGCUGCUUUCCUAUGGGGAAAUCCUAAUGCGACCAUGCCCAUUGUCGCGCAUGCACAUUAGGUCUCUGCCGCUGGCCAACGUCGGCGGGGAAGGAGGGUAGGUGGAGCCUGAUUCAGCACCAAAUGAACAUGGGCACUGGAUUCAGGUAAGUCACCGAAAGGGUUUUAACCCCUGCAGCACAGCGGGAGCGAGGGGGGCAAGGGAGGGUAGCACUUCAGAAAUCUAUAGGGCCAGGAAAAUGGCUUUGUUUUCCUGCCACUAUAGGAUCCCGUUUAAAUGGUGAAAUCUACAACUCUUUAUUCUGAAGCUGGGCGUCUCCAUCUUCGCUCCCUGUCAGUCAUUGUUAUAAGCUCUGUCCUUUGCACCUGACAUUUAACCAGAAAGCAUACAGAGAAGAGGAGAAAUUAAACAAUGUUUUUUUUUUUUUUCUCCUCUUCAUGAACAAUAUUGUGUCUAUGCUUUGCCUUGUCUGAACUGGAUGUCACUUGUAACUCUGUAAUAUAAGAUGGAACAUCUCAUGGGGGGGGGAAAGGGUUAACACAAGUUAUGGGUGAUUUUUCAAAUGGUUUAUUAACCCCUUAAGGACACAUGACAUGUGUGACAUGUCAUGAUUCCCUUUUAUUCCAGAAGUUUGGGCCUUAAGGGGUUAAAUGGUGUAAAAUCUAUAUGUGUCAGCCCCCCUUAAUACAAUCCUUUUAUCUUCUACUGCACGGAAUAGUUGUACGUGUCCUUGAUCUUGGUUGGGGUAAUUUCUUCCACGUCACUCAUUCUGUGAACGUAUCGGCAACAUUUUAACCUGAUCCCUAUUUUACAUUUUAGGAUAGGACAUAGGUGCAAUUUCUCUAACAAGAAUCUGGGAAAUGUGCCAAAUAAAAUAUUUUUUAUAAUUUUGUCUAAUGUUUUAGAUCCUUUAUUCAGGUUAAAGUACCAUGUUUUACAGUAAGAGAAGCUGUGCUCCACUUAUAAUAAUUAUUGUAAUACUCUAUAACCUAGGAAUAAAUAUUCAUGAACAAACAGAAUAAUAAUUCAUACAUUAACAGCUUUUACUGCACUUGGGCUCACUGUGACUGUUAGAUGGAUGCGGAAUUAAAAAAAAAAAAGAAAAAAAAAAAGAUUCGUGAGACCGUAAAUUGUGUUCAGUAUUUCUCAAUCUGCUCAAAAGAGCUUGCAAUCUACACGCUCAAUAGUAUGUGCUGGGACUGAGUGAUUGUUAAAGCAAAAAAAAAAGUUUUAAAUUAGAUUCCAUAGUGUGAUAUUACCAUGUAUCCCUACAUAUCAGAUGGACAAAGACUUUAUCUUUAUGGGUGUGGCCGGGGAGAGGCUAUUCUGAGAAAUUUUAGGUGACUUACUUAUAAUUAAUGCAACUAAAAUGUAAUUUAGAACAAGAAAAAUGUAUCCUAUUUACUCCGACUGAUUUCUAAACACAUUUAUUGGAGUAUAAAGACACACCAACAAUAUGGAGCUCCUAGAAAAGAGGGACGUUAGGAUAGAAAAGAGGGACAGAGGGAUUUGAGGCUAAAAUAGGGACUGUGCCUCCAGUGGUGAAACCGACCUCACCACUGGGCAUUGGAGAAGACUGAUUGCCAGCCUCCUGCCAUGUGACUAUUGCCCUUUAAAGACAUUAUUUGGGCAUAUUGUGUUUUAUUAUGCUGCUGCUGGCCCUUUAAGAACCAUCUGGGGACAUACUGUGGAGUUACUGGGUGGCCACCAUUUCAUGUAUCAGAGGCACAUGGUGAGAACAAUGGAUGAAGCACAUGGUGAGAACAAUGGAUGGCGGUCAUUUUAACUCACAGACACUGUUUGGACUUUUCUACACUGUGCCAUCGCGCCGGUAUUUGGUGCACAAAGACAUCGUGCAGUAGUUUUAAACUAUACAAUAGGGGACACAUUAUACAGUAAUUAUUUUUCGUAUAGCCUGUAUAUGUUCUGCGGAAUCUGCAUUAAACUGUAUCUUCCAAACUACUGAACAAAUCUGGGUGAAUUUCGGAUAUGUGGUUCACCCAGAUCCCCUGAUUCCGAGGAUAUACUUUAUGGGGUUAUUGCAUGUUUUGUGGUCCCUGUGAUAUGUUUUAUAAUACUGUAUUUCUCUGCCUGUGAUAAUUAUAUUAACCAUUGUGUUCAGUAAUCAUAUCACAGGCAGAGGGGAGGAUUUUGUGUGGGAGUGUCUGUGUUUAUUGUACGGAUUGAUUGGUUGUAUUUCAACACCCUGUGGGCAGUACUAUGUUUGUGGAUUGUGAAUAAAAGAGGCUGUAUGUGCCAGUAUGGUCAGUUCUACUUCAUCCUCAAUUUGGAGUGCCGUCUCUUAUUGGGGGAAUCUGCUACAAGGGAUUGCUAUGCUCUGCAUACUCCCUUGCUAUGUUCACUGCUAAGCUCUUGUAAGAGCUUGUUCCUGUCUUGCUCGCUGGAGGAGUCUACGGUGGUCAUGGUGUCUGCUGUAGUGCUUGGAGUACUCAGGAAGCACUAGGAGCAUCCUGUAAUGGAGGUACCCAGUCAGGGUGCCCGUCGAUCAGUUACACCUCCUAAAUAGGGACCCUUGGAAUAUAUGUAAUAAGAGCUUUAAUAUCCGUUUAGUUUGAUAACGAGCUUGAAAUCUGCUCUAUGGUUUCAAAUAAACCAUACAGAGCUUGCAGUCUACUCUAGAUUAUUAAAACGAGUGUAAAAAAACUUGCCAUUUUUGUCCCAUCAUCAAGCUGCUCUAAACAGCUUACAAUUCGUUCUCCACCUUUCAGUUGUGCUGUACAAUUUGUCCAAUGUGCUCUGUGCCUUUCCAGUACUCUGGCUAUGGUGGGUACACAAGGUUUGAGAUAGGAUUUACAUGAACGCAGUAUUAGUCUAAUGUCUCUCUUUUUCUGUCUCUUUUGGGUAUAAAGACAGUUGGGCCCCAGGAUCAUUUGGAGCCAGUUCUGCCAGUAACCCACCGCACUUGGCACAUUUUGUCGUGAAGGGGAAGGGUGAUCAUGUCCAGAUUUAGUGUGUGUUUGUUAUAUAGCUGAGCAAUACUCUCUUUCCACCAGUAUGCAGAUUUCAAAGUCAGGUGCACUGAUGCACACACAGAACCUCUUACGUUGCCAUUUUAUUAACCUUACGUGGUAUCUCUGAUCAUUGCUGACCAAGGAAUGCACUGUACAGGAAGAGACUCACACAAUGCAAUCCUACAUUACAUCAAGCAUUUUAUUACUUUAUUUAACCUCUAACUGCCAACAAAGCUGUAUGCAUAGUCCUUUCUAGAAGCAAAUGGGUUAAACGAUCCAAUACCCUGCCAAAAGGCUUUUCGCACGCCUCGACUCCAACUCCCAAGAUAACGAGCCAAAAAACUGCUAAUUUGAGUGCAAACAUGGCCCAUCAUUUUCAGACUGGCGCAACAUUCGUAAAGCUCUAAAAGCGGUGGAAUGAGUAGGAAGAUUAAUUUGGUUUCUGUGGUGAUUGCUCCUGUCUUAGAACUUUGCCCCAGAACUGCAUGUUAGCCCAUGCCCUCUGUUUGCCAAGGCUUUGUGGCCGCAGAUCCCUAUAGACACUGAGGGCAGGGAUCGUUACAAAUCACAGACUAAUCGAUCAUCCCUGCUCCGACACCCCUUUCCUCAAACCCUGCAGUUUGUUUUACAGCUAAUGAAUCAGCAGUUGGCAUGCCAUUAAUUCACAGCCAAAUAUUAACUGCUCCCUAACACCUCUACCUCUCCCGUACCAGUCCACAUACAUUAUAUAUGACCUUGUUUCCCAGAUGAACUCACUGCCCCCUCUCUCCCUGUGCCUAUUUUGCCAGUGACAGGCAUGAAGGCCAUCUCGUCACCUCUGCCCCUUAUUCUUUCUUCUCAUCCAUCACUUGGCUCUUGGCAACCCUCUGUAUGAUGUGAGGAAUGGACUGGAGGUGGGUGGGCUGUCUGUGGUUUUUAGAAGACUGGUACUCUCCCCCUUCAUCUUUUCUGAACUGCUUUAUAGAUAUGUUGGCUCAUGUUUGCUCGUUGGAUGUCUGAGCUAUGUAUAAGGAAGGAUUUCCCACUGGGGGGAGAAAGGAUAGCAAGGCAUGAAGGCAGUGCAGCUCUGCGCUCUGUAAUUCAAGCCUUUCCUUCUACUGGGAUACUGCAAUUCACCUCUGCAUUGCCCUGCUGCAACAUCAACUACUCUGCAGCGAGAGAUCGCAAACUUCUUACUUCUCCCCAUCCUGAUCCUGGAGCAACUACGGCUUUAUACAGCCAGCCAAGAGACCAGUGAGUGACCCGUUUCUAUAAUUCUUCACUUUGUCCCAUCUAACCUUGUGACCAACUAACAGUAUGCAAAAAAAAAUAGAUGUUUUACAUUGCAAUUUUAUUCCCUUACUAGCAAUCUCAGGUUUUAGACAUUGUACUGAGCAGCAGAUGGCAUUAUCUAGCAUAAAUGUAAAUUCUUCCACAUCAGACUUUCAUAGUUUGGGGUGUUUUUUUUCUGUUUGUAGUUGUAAGUCCAAAUAGCUGACGGGCAGAAUUUUUUUUUUUUUUUUACCCUGACCAAGAAGGCUUGCAAUCUGAAUUGAUGAUGGUAAUGAGCAGUCAGUGCUUAUUAAAUGUAAAUAUACUUUAGUUACAAGUGUGAGACAUGGAGAGUUAAGAAUUAAAUUGGUGUUUAUACAAUUGUAAAAUAUGUAAGAAAAUAUUUAAUUUUUUUUCCUUUUUUUAAAUUUAAUUAAUUUAAUGAAUUGCUUGUUGAGACUGGAUUAGCCCAAAGCCCAAAUGAUCUCUAUAAUAAGGUUAUACCAUUUAAACAAAAUCAUAUUUGUUUGCAUUCGAGUAUUUAAAAAUGAUUAUUACGGUUACGUUUCCACUGAUAUAUAUAAUAUUUAAGGAUGAAAGUCUUAUUAAAGGCAUUAAUAAAGGUCUAUAGAGGUUUCUAGACUGUAUCACUAAUUGCUUCAUUACAGUUUUUUUUCUGUACUCAUUCAUCUACAUCUUGUCCUUGCGUUGUAAUCCUUAUGGGGAUGCUUCAGAUAAACCUAAAUCAAUCCAUUUUAUUAGACUGGAGAAAUAUGUAUUUAUUUUAAUUAUACAGACUAAUUUUACAAUGUAAUGGCCAAACUAACUGGUAGGAAAUUAUAUAUAUAUUUUUUUUUUUUUUUUUUUUUUUAAUAUGUCAUGUAGCCAUAUUUUACUUUGCAAACUGCACUUUAAAAUGAAGAAGAGAAAUUAAUUUUUGUUUUUUGAAAAUAAAUUUUAUUUCAAUUAAUUAUUUGCUGAACUCUUUUUCACAAAACUUUUUCACAAUAGUUAAACUUUUCAUUGACAAAUUCUAAGACAAAAUAACCAUUCAAAAUGGGACACUCCAGGCUCCCACACGUUAGGUGCACUGUGUAGGUUAGGUUACAGUUAUACUGGGUGGGUUUAUAUUAUUAAAGGGACACUCCAGGCUCCCAUACACAUUAGAUGCACUGUGUAGGUUAGGUUACAGUUAUACUGGGUGGGUUUAUAUUAUUAAAGGGACACUCCAGGCUCCCAUACACGUUAGAUGCACUGUGUAGGUUAGGAUACAGUUAGUUAUACUGGGUGGGUUCAUAUUAUUAAAGGGGACACAUGGUUUCUACACAGACGCUUGCUCUGAGUGAAGAUUUUGCUAAUGCAUUUUUGACGAUGGCUGGAAUUGCCUGCUUAGUAAACACAUUUCUCCAUCACAAUGAAUUCUUUAUCAUUCAUGAAACCAAUCUGUUUUCAGACUGUUGAAAUGCAAUAAUGUCCUUGGCAUUAAUACAUUAUCUGUCUGUCAUUAUGGUUGCUAUGGUUGUAUCUGCUUUUCCAUUUCAGCAUUUAUACAGCUUGUGAGUUGGGAAAAGGUAACACUGAUUGGUUUUGUGCAUCAAUCUGGCCUUGUUACCACAAAUGUUUUUUAUUCAGAUUAGGUUUUAUAAACGACCUAUGUAACCUCAUGGGCAAGGCCAACUCCAAGCUCCAAGCAUUCACGUGGUUUAUUUUCAUAUAACCAUGAAAUUUAGUAAGCACUUGUAACAUGUUCUACUAUAUAUCAAACACGGUCAGAUUAAUUCCUUUUAGUUAAUAAAAAAUGUUUUCUUGCUCCCACACGGACCCUACCCGCACUCAAAACAGACACACCAACCCAAACCACAGACCCAAACAGAAACGAAAGAGACAAAACCUGACAAACACAACACAGGAAGAGCCACAUACGCUCUCAGAGACAAAAACGACAGGACCCGAAGCCAAGUGACAACCUCCACCUGAGACAUAGAAAACUGUACCACUUAACCUAGAAGACUGUUCUGAGGUUUCGCAAUAAAUCGUACCAAUGCCAUUGAGUCGAAACAAAACUGUAAAGCCAUUGAAUGACACUACUACCCUACCCCUACCUUUAUUCUGUACCCUUUACCUCACCUAAACCUGAAAAAUAAAGAAUUUAUAAAAAAAAAAAAAAAAAAAAAAUGUUUUCUUGGACAGGCUCUUUAAGGAAAAUAUAGUCCAAGUUUACUGGACUUGCCACGGAUGUUCCCUGUUACAUACUUACAGCUAUAAAUGCUAUUCAGUAUCUAUUUUGAAUGUAUCAUGCUAUUUCUCUUAUUAUGAUAUAUAGGCUGUCCAAUGGAAUAAUGUAGGCCAGUUUUUAAAAAUUGUUGGGUAUGGGUUAUUUAAUGACUGACCUAUAAAUCCGCAAUGUUACACAUACUCUUUCUGAAGGUUGUUUGACUUGAAUUUCCUAACGUAAAGGAAGUAUCCUCAGUUGUAUAUCAUCACCAUUGCUAAACCACUGCUCAAUUCUCUGCUAUUUAGAAGUUGAUGGGACACUGUGGCUCAUUGAGGUGGUCUGAGUGUAAUGUCCCAUGUCCCUUAACCCUACAAUGGUAAUUAUUGCAGUUUCUGAGAAACUGCAAUAAUUACCUCUGAGGGUUAACUCCUCCUCUAGUGGCUGUCUACAAGAUGUUAAUCCACCCCAGCAUUCCCAAAAGUAAGGAGGCUGGGGGGAUUGAAUAAAAAAAAAAAAAAGUGAAUGUGUUAAUGUGUGUGUAUGUGUUAGUGAGUGUGUGUGUCUGUUAGUGAGUGUGUGUGUCUGCUAGUGACUGUAUGUGUCUGUUAGCUAGUGUAUGUGUGUCUGUCCGUGAGUGUGUAUGUAUAUUUAGAAGGCGGGGGGGGGGGGAUACCUGAGUUUUGUCAUGCCUAGGGCAGCACAAAACUAGGGUACACCACUGGGCAUGUACAUUGGCUUAGUGCAGGGGUAGGCAACCUUCAGCUCUACAUAUUAUGUGGACUACAUCUCCCAUGAUGCUCUUACAGCCAUAAUUCUGGCAAAGCAUCAGGGGAGAUGUAGUCCACAACAUUUAGAUUGCCGAAUGUUGCCUACCUCUGGUUUAGAGAGUCAACUGAGCAAUUUCAGCUUCUGUUAGUUCAAGGAAGACAACCGACGGACCUUAGAUAGGUUGUCAGAUCCUUCUCAAAUAGUAUGACAGCUUACAUAGGGAGGGCACAAGAAGCACUUCUGGCACCAUAACUGCUUGGAGUUUAAUCUCCGCUGGAGAUGUUAUCAGUAGCAUUCGUAGAAAUAUAGAUAAAAGAUUGAAACGAUACAGCAUUUCUCACCAUUAUCUCUCCCUUCUUUUAAGAGUUUUAUAUGUAAAGUGUAAACUCUAUCUACAGACUUUUUUUGCAUUGCAUUCAGCUUUGAACACUUGGCAGAUACACAGAUUAUCGAGAUUCUCACACAGAUGCUGAUAUUUGUAAGCCCAUUCAUAGGUACAAACUGCUUGCCAUACAGAUCAUUUAAGCAUGACUAUGUCAAAUGAAAGGUCUUUCACUUUUUCCAAGUGGAGUUGGUGAUCUCUCCCAAGUGGAGAAAGUUUUUUUUGUUUUGCUGUGCACCCUACACUAUAUCUCCAUACUUUCCAGGCUAAGGUUGGUAGGAUAGGGUGGUUGAAAGUGAGUCUGGCAGGCUGGUGUGCCAGUCAUGCAAAUGCUAUCCGUGACGAUGUGUCUGCCCAUGGCCGUGUCAGUCUGGCAUGGGUGAGUUCUAGGAUGAUCAGUUGCGUUGCAGAGAACUGAAUCAAAGCUAUCCACAUGCUGAAUAUUAAAUGCAAUUAUAGUGUGUUUAAACAUACGCUCUUACUGCCCUUUGGCCAAGUUGUCCGGACACUGUGUGACAGAGGCAAUCUAUUGGACAAUUGUGAUAACUGCUUGUGUCUUGUCUGCCACACAAUAAAACCAUGUAACAAGUGCUUAACCUCCCUGGCAGUAAUCCUGAGCGUGGCUAGGGGUUAAUUUUCAGUACCAGAAGUGAUAACCCCUAGCCACGCUCGGGAUUACACUGUAGUGUCACUUACCUUGUCCCUACGAGCCCCUGGUGUAAAAAAUACACACAAUACAUUGUAAAAACAAUGUCCCACUUUAACAUUAAAAAAUACUGAUCUAAUCAGACCAUCAAGGAGGUUAAUAUGCUGUUCAAAGAAAUAUAAAUGGGAUUAUUCUAGUCUUUUCUCAAUUUUUUAUUUAAAGAGACACUAUAUUCACCAGAACAAUCAGAAUUGACAAUCUCAGCCAAUCCAAUCUGGCGGACCCACGCAACGCUGGAAUAAAGGUGUGUUAAAUAAAUUUUUAAAGGGAAAAAAGAUUGGGGCAGCCACCUAAAUAGUUAGCUUAACACCAUACUGUCAGGAAUACACACUUGAUGUGCUUUCAUAAAGAAGUGAGUUUUCAAUGAUUUUGUGAAGGAAUGAAGACUGGGUGAGCGUCUAACGGAAAAGGGAAGGGAGUUCCACAGGAACGGUGCUCUGGAGAAGUCUUAAAGGUGAGCAUCAUAGGUGGGAGUAUGGACAGAGAAUCAACACAGGUCUUCAGCAAAACAUCAGGGCCUAGACAGGACAUACUUGUGUAUUAGGAAGGGGAGGUAGGUAGGUUGGAGCGUAUUAUAUAAAAUUUGUACGUAAGUACCAGAAUUUUAAAUUGAGCCCUAUAUCUUACGGGAAGCCAAUGUAGGUACUGACAAUGGAGGGAGGCAUGGGAGGUGCGGGCCAACAGGAGGUUGAGCCUCGCCACCUAAUUUAUUAUAGACUGUAAUGGGGCAUUCUGGGAAAACGUAAGACCACUAAGAAACAGAUUGCAGUAAUCAAGGCGAGAGAGGAUAGGGGCAUGGGCCAGCCCCUAAGCCGCGUUCUGCGUUAAAUAGGUGUGGAGACACACUAUGUUUUGAGAUGGAAGCAGUAGGAUUUGGUGAUCAACUGGACAUGAGGGGUGAAGGAGACCCUUGAGUUGAAGAGAACACAUAGGCAGUGAGCCUGCUAAGUAGAGCUGAUGGUAGUGCCAUUGACUUGGAGGGAGACAGAAACUGGAGGAAACGUGGGAUACUUGAGGAAGGAAAGACAAGAAGUUCUGUUUUGGACAGGUUAGGUUUAAGAAAGUGAGCAUCCAUCCAGUUAGACAUAGCAGAUAGACAGUCUGAGACAUGAAUCAAGAGGGACGUCGAGAGAUCAGUAGAGGAUAGAUUUGCAUUUCAUCUGUAUAAAAAAAUUGGAGUGGAAGCCCAAAAAAAACUGAUAAGUUUACCCAUAUCACAUGCAUUGGCGGAUCCAGGGGGGGGGCAACGGGGCAAUUGCCCCCCCCGAGAAAUCCGCCGGUCUCCCUCCCCUGCCAGCCGUGCAAUGUGCCUGCGGACCGGGGAGGAAGAUCAGAGAUCUCCCUCCCCGGUCCGCAGGCACAGUGCUGACAGCCGGCGGCGGAGGGAGGGAGUGAGAGAGGACCCGGAGCUCAUUCUGCAGCUCCUCCGGGUCCUCCUCUCUCGAGAUUUGGAGCGUUGCCGCGGUUACCACGGCAACGCUCCAAAUCUCGCGAGAGUGAACUCUAGCCCGGGAGCGCGGGCUAGAGUUCACUCUCACCACUGGGACCACCAGGGAAUCACCACUGGGACCACCAGGGAUCGAAAUAUGUCCCCCCUCCUCCCCAGUAAAGGUAAGAAGGGAGGGGGGACAUAGGAUAUUUAUUUUAUUAAAUAAAAUAAAAAUAUUAUUUAAAAGCCUCCUUGCCCCCCCAUACCACACACACUGCCCCCCCAUACACACACUGCCCCCCAUACCACACACUGCCCCCCAUACACACACACUGCCCCCCAUACACACACACUGCCCCCCAUACCACACACUGCCCCUCCAUUACACACACUGCCCCCCAUACCACACACUGCCCCCCAUACACACACUGCCCCACGACUGUCCCCAUACACACACCGUCCCCAUACACACACUUCCCCACAAACACUGUCCCCCAUACACACACUGUCCCCCAUACACACACUGUCCCCAUACACACACUGACCCCCAUACACACACUGCCCCACAAACACUAUCCCCAUACACACACUGUCCCAAUACACGCACUGCCCCCAUACACACACACUGCCCCACAAACACUGUCCCCAUACACACUGCCCCACAAACACUGUCCCCAUAAUGCACAUUGCCCCCCAUACACACACACACUGCCCCACAAACACUGUCCCCACAACACACUGCCCCCAUACACACACACUGCCCCACAAACACUUGUCCCCAUAUACACACUGCCCCCAUACACACACUGUCCCCAUACACACACACUGCCCCACAAACACUGUCCCCCAUACACACACUGUCCCCAUACACACACUGCCCCACAAACACUAUCCCCAUACACACACUGCCCCCAUACACACACUGCCCCACAAACACUGUCCCAAUACACACACUGCCCCCAUACGCACACACUGCCCCACAAACACUGUCCCCAUACACACACUGCCCCACAAACACUGUCCCUGACAUACACUGCCGCACUCACACACUUCACCCUUAACACACACCACUGCUCCUAUACCCUAUAUCCCAGCAGACCCCAGGUAAGUUGUCAAACUGUUCUUAAACAGUAUGACUACUUACUCUGGGGUGGAAUCCUGGCACUACUGACACCAUAACUACUACACUGAGCUGUAGUAGUUAUUGUGCCUGGAUUAUUUAUUUAAAUAAUCUACAAGUGCCCCUCCCGAGAUCAGGCUCUGGAUCCUCCACUGAUCACAUGUGCAAAUAAUGCUCAGAUUAAAAAGGGAGGGAUGCUAGGGUUGCCAUAUUUUGUUAUAUUUAGAGCGUUAAUGUUGAUAUCUUGCUGUUGGUUCUUCCAUGGAGUUAAUAUAAACUACCUUUCUGAGCAAAUUAUAUAAUGAGAGAGCUUGGGGAAAAAAAAUUUUGCAAUGCAAUUGGGGGCUGCAGUACAAAUCCUAUGUGUUAAUUUUCUCAUGCUCAAAGAGUUUUGGGACCCUAUAGCUGAAUGUGUGGCCUUAUAGCUCAGGAUCUUUUUGACCUUCAUCUGCUCUGCUCUGCAUGCCCGCUUCCAGACUCCUCGGUGAGUCCCGGAGUCAGCCAGCAGCGGAAACAAUGAUAGAGAUGCACAGGAAACAUGAUAGAAUGUGACAUUACCUCUGGGUCUCUAUUGCUGCACUUCUUUCCAUCAACCAACCUCCAAGGUACAGAGCAAUUUUUAUUAUUUUUUAUUGUGUAUGUGUAUGCCUAUAUGUACCUGUCAGUGCCUAUCUGUCUGUGUAUGUAUGUGUUGGUGCACAUCUAUGUGUAUCUGUGUGUGUCUGUAGGUAACUGUGAUUGUGCCAAGAGACAACAUGCUAAGCAGUGGAAUUAGGGAGGAGCACAGGUGGGGGUUUAGGAAGGGGUCACUAAAUUAUUUUUGGGCUCAAGCCUCAGGUGUUUUUUGACCCUAGCAACACCCCAGAUAGAGAUUGCUCCCCCUUUUAUUAUGUCUGUAUCUAUAAAUGAUAAAGUUGCUGUAGGAGACUCCAUUCCAAGUUUAUAAAAAUGGGCUAGAUUUAUUCAGCCCGGUUAAAAAUGUAAUUGUGACUAAAUUCAACAUGAUGAAAGAAUAAUUUCUAAAUAGGUUUUGGGUCCUUAAACAGAUGUUACUAAACCUUCAUAUAGUCCUAAAAAUAUUGAUAUUUGUUUAUGUGGGUGAAACGGUUUACCUUUAUUAAUGGCUGUAACACAGGAACCACUUUGAAGUGAUAAUUCUCUAAUACAAUACAGUGUGUUGUGACUUUUAUAUCUCUUUAUAAAGGCGCGAUUUGCGCCGAAACGCGCGUCGAGUUGAGAGCACUCCAGAGCACUAUUCACUGAUGUGCACUUAGUUUGUUUCACAGUGUGGCUAGGUUGUUUGGCUGUUUCAGCUUUAGGAAAGGGCUCCUUAGUGGGUACUGGGAGCUGCCUCGAAGCAGUUCAAGGGAGUUAUUAGUUUAUCUAGCAUUAAGAUUGACUCAUAAUCUAUCUAAUUUUAUUAGCAGUCAUAGGCAGAAUACAUAUUGACAUUUUGUUCAUAUAACUUAGCACUGCCGUAUCGUUACUCCUUUUUCUAAGUAACCAUCUAAUUAUGCCAUUAUGGCUCAAGCAGUUUAUUUAGUGUGUAUAUCUGUUAUAUAACUGCAUCUAUACCUACUUCCUGCCUACUACCACAUGAGUAAAUUGAUUACUUAAUUUCAACCUCUCCUAAGCAAGAGCUCUUAAAUAAUACUUUGUAAUAAUCUAUCUGAUAUAUUGCGGCAACGUUGCCUAGACACAGAAUGUCCAUUUUUAUGACACUCCUCUUCUGUGAUCUAAAUGUAUUAACUAGUUCUUUACUGACCUUAUAUCUAACUGUGGUUAAUCCCCCUUUUUUCUGUUGAAGAAUAUCUGUUGUUACAAUAUUUUGUACCACUAGCCACUAUAAGUUUGUUCACGUUUGUAGAUACGUUUUUUCCUUUUUUAAUCUUAAUUAAUAAAGUUCUAUGUUUUUAUCCUAAUGAAGUGCCUUUUACCCAUUUAUAGUAAUCUCGUAGUGAAACUCCCACUCUGCUUGGUUUCUCUAACAAUUUUUUGCAUCUAUAUUGAUCAGUAAGAGUUACCCCCUGUUUGAGAUUACUUCAGUAACCAUAUGUGAGACUCCUACAUAUGAUUCAUAUGCAGUAGUCACUCUUUUAUUUAUUCAUUUUUUUGUGUGACAGAUUUAUAUUAACAUUUACGUACUUGCAAAACUUACUGAAAUCACAUAUGUUUUUGUAUUCAACACAAAGAGGAAAAAGUUUCCUGGCACUCACUGGGGAUAGGGGCAUAAAAAAUGGCUUCCUUUAGUCUGCCAAAACCUGUAUGUACAACCUAAAACAUAUUUAAUCUUGUCCAGGGUGUAGAAUUUUUACUUAAACAUUUAAAAGUUACAAAAGUGUUAUUUUGCAAAGUGCCAAUUUAGAUUUCAUUUAUGGUUCCCCUUCAGAACUAUUUCAAUGUGUUCUUGUGCAACGACAAAGGCGUCCCUGAGAGGAAAUUUCUCUCUAUUAGCAAUGAAUAGAAUCUUUCCCCAGCUCGGAGCUGAACAUUUUUCAUUGCUGUACAGCCCAAUGAAGGAGUAUAGCUCGCAUUCAAUGCAGUCUAUAAAUUUCAGUCUGUUUUCUCUAUUUCGUGGUCGGGAUGCGGCUGGUCGAUGAAUCACUUUGCUGACUACACAUGGCAUGUUUGAAUUGGAGUUUAAACUGUUAUUAGGGGUACGGGAAAAUUGCUAGAAUCUGCAAAUGGUUUAGAUGUGAUGAGGGAACCAAGAAUAGAAACGCAAUAUUGAAAAGGCCUGACCGCCAUUUAAUGUCUGGAGAUCUAAUGUUCCACUUGACUUCACCGCCAUUUAUUUCACUUUCCUAGAGAAAGGUUGUAGAUGUCUUCUGGCUGGCAGAAAUGGCAAGGUGUCUCAUCUUCUUUAUAAAAAUAAAUGUAAUUCCAUGGUCCGGUAGAAUAUUAGGAAAUAAAGGCAACAUGAGGUUACAAGAGUUUUUAUUAAAUGGACACUGCUUACACUCCUUGCAUAGAAGCUCAGUAAAAGCUUAAAUGGAUUCUAUAGGCACCAAAACCACUUUAGCUUAAUGAUGCCCCUGUAGUCUCACUGCUUAAUUCUCUGUAAUUUAGGAGUUAAAACAAUGUUUUUAAACAACUCUAGUUACACCUCCCUGCCUGUUACUUACACAGCCUUCCUAAACACUUCCCGAAAAUGAACCUAGACAUUCCAUGUUCCUUUAUUGCCAGUUCUGUUUAAGCUAGUAUUUCUUGUCUCCUGUUCUGUCAAUAGCCUCCUAGAUCCUGCAGGAGAGUCCCGUGUCUGGUUAAAGGUUAACUUACAGAGCAGGGGGAUAAAAACUUCUAAAGCAAGUUAACAUCUGAUUGAAAAUUAAACUUAUUUUUUACAUGCAGACUGGUCAUUGCUGCCGCCCAGGAGUAGUGGGAGUUUGAGCACAGGACUUAGUUUUGUGUGUCUGCAAUUGUAUAUACCUGAGGUCUUUCAAAGCAUUGGAUACAUUUACAUAUAUAUAUAUAUAUAUAUAUAUAUAUAUUUUUUUUUUUUUUUUUAAAUUGUGCUGAUUCUGCACUACUGUUUCCAAUUAAUCCUGUCCCAGAUAACUCGUUCGUGAAUAUUACUCACACCAGCAGUUUUGGUUUUUCCUUGUAAUUGUGGUCAGUUUUUUUUUUUUUUCGUUUUUUUUUCCUUGGCAUAACCCUUUAGGAAAUGAGUCUGAAUCAGUUGCCAAAAACUAACGCAAUAAUCUACUCUGUGCCAGAGACAAAAGGCAGGAUCAAAUAUUUAUUUUCAUUAUCCGCACCCACAGAGUUAUUCACUAAAUGUGAAUUGCUGGAAAUUCAAAGUCAAUUUAAAUUUCAGGCCAAAGUGACAGAAAUUAAAACAUUACUGACCAGGAGAAUUUAUCCAGAUUAGCUGUUUAAGCCUAAAAUGUGAAAAUCAUUGCUUUAAAGGAACACUGUAUGGUCAGAAACAGAAUCGUGUAUUCCCGACCCUAUAGUGGUAAAAACACUAUUUAGCUUACUGGCCCUCCUUACCCACCGUUAAACAUAGUAAUAACUUACCUUAUUUCCAGCGCUGGUGUUGGCUCUGCCCCCGAACCGCCUCCUUGGCUGACAUCACAAUUGACUAUAUCGGGCCAAUCACAUAGGAAAGCAUUGGCUUGGCUGAGAUGGUCAAUUCUGAUUAUCUCAGACAAGGAGGCGGGGGCGGACCCAAAGACUGCUCUGACCAAUCAGCAACUCAUAGAGAUGCACUGAAACAAUAUAUCUCUAUGGAGAAAGUUCAGUGUCUCCAUGCAGAAGGUGGAGACACUGAAUACCAGUCACACUGUGCAGCAUUCUCCCAGAGAGCAUCUCUAGUAGCCAUCUGAGGAUUGGCCACUUGAGGUAUCCCUAGGCUGUAAUGUAAACACUGUCUGUGACGGAGCUCCUGUACUCUAACAGUUCGCUUCCUAGUCGCUUGUCCGGAUCCUGGAGCACUUCAACCCUAGUCACUGAGGCUUGACUGAAGUUUUUCUGGUGCCUUUCCACCCAACCAGGCUGCAGCUCUCCUUCCAUUUAGUUGGUAACAAGGAUCAGCGGGACAAGAGAGCACACAAAAUAAUAAAAAAUAUACAAACACCCUGCACCUAUAAUGGUCACAGGGUGACAAAAACAUAAGAGCAAUUUAGGAACCUUUGUAAAAUGUCCUGCUCCCAGUGAUGGUGAUUACUGUUCACAGCAAAAAGCCUGCAGGGACAGGGUACGGGGACAAUAAGUUGUAGUUGUUCUGGUGACUAUAUUGUCCCUUUAAUUACUGACAUGGUUAUACACUAAACUCUGAAUUGUAGAAUUAACAAUUUUGGCAAACAUCUGAUUUAAAGAAAUUCUUCAACUACACAAUAGCCGCAGCAUGGCUACUAUGUGUCUUAAUUUAUGUAAAGUUGCUAGAAUUCAGAAUUUAGCAACUAAUUCUAUAAACUUUGAAAUACAAAUCACAAAUAAUUAGGCUAAAUUAGCUUAUUUGAAAAAUAAUUCUCCAACUUGUCUAUAGUUGAGAUUGAUUUCUUAACUCUAAGGUUACUCAUAAAAGCUGAAAUGUAUUCAAGAAACCUAAAAUUUGCAAUAAUAUUAACAUAUAGUCACAAGUCAGAGACUGCAGAUUUUGAAACCUUUUCUAACCCUGCUAUUUUUCCAUACCUGACCUCAAAUAAUCUGAGAUUCACUUGUCAAUUCUGCACAAUUCGCAGUUCAGUAAAUUAACCCCAGAACUUGCUUUGGAGUUUUAGGGCUACAGUAUAUGUUGUUGCUUGGACUUUGUUGCUGUUUUAUUACAUCAGUAGAUGAAUUGCAAAUCAUUUUACUGUGUUACUAGAUUAAACACAAUUUCUAUUAUUCAUGCAUACAUUAUUCUCACUGUGCUCCCUCUCACAUCUCAUAAAUAAGUGAUUCUGACUCCUGAUGCUUGGCUGCUGCCAACCACAUUUGCCAAAAGAUACCUACCUUCAAGAGUGCCAGUUCCAAGACUGGAUCCUGGCAUCAAGCCAUCGUCUUGCAGUGAUUUCUGAUCACACCCUUGCCUCUUUAAUUUAAUCGUUUUCUCACAAACCAAGCUUCCCUCAAUGCAGAUGUCUUCACACAGGCACCAAAUGAACAAAUUCUGUUCAAGAUUGGCAUCCCUGUUGAUGGUUGAGAGAGGGCACCACAUCAAUUCUGGUGGCUGAUAGCGAGCCGAGCACUGCUUUUGUGGGUGAGAGAGGACACUCUGGUCGGUUGGUGAAACAAGAAAUCUCUGUUCUCGUUUGUUAGACUAAAGACUUGGUGGUGGUGUAGGGAAAUCCACCCUUGCUGGUUGUGGAGAGAGGGCAUCCCUUAUGGUGGCUGAAAGAGGACGCUCUUGUAGGUGGUUGAGUGUGACACCUGUGUUGAGAGAGAACCGCUCUUGGUGGUCGCAUUGGAUUCCAGUGUUGGUGGUUAAGAGGGACUUGUGUUUGUGGUUGAGAAAGGACAACUUUGUAGAUAGGUGAGAGAGAAUAUCUCUGCUGGUAGAUGUAAACGCCAACCAUCCAUAAGUGUAAAAUGCAUGUAACAAAAAUGUUAAAAAAAAAUCCCAGAAUAUUCUACAGUGGACAUGAUACUAGACCCAUUUUGGUGGUUCAGGAAGAGCAUCCAUGGUGGUGGAGAGACGGCAUUCCUUGUGGUGUUCGAGAGGACAUCCAUGUUGAUGGACAUACAAUGGCAUGUGAAUAGGUAGUUAUGAGAUUAACACACCUCUACUCAAGCACCAAGGAUGCUAUGAAGCUAAAUUUGCCAUUGCUUGUUUUAAUUUACAUGAAAAUAAAUUUCCUCUUCAUCUCUACGCAAUCUUCACAGUGGGGUCUGCAGUUCUGUACUGAUAUUUCCCUGGCAGUAAAUUUCAGAGCCGAGAUAUUCUGCCUUACGUUCAGGAUCCCUAUAAAGUAUCUCCAGAUGUUCCAAGAAGAAGUAGUUAGACAAAGUAAGAGAAAAACCCUUUUCCUUUGCGGGAUAUGUACAACCGUCUAAGCAUUUUCAACUGUAUGGCAGCUUUGUAUUUGCUUAGCAAAUCAAGAUAUAAGUUGUUUCAUUAAUUAAAAACAGUAAUGACGCUACUUGCACAAUAAUCCUAAAUCUACCACCACUUAACCCAUUCAGUACCAUAUAUAUACAAGCCUGUAGGAAGUUGUCAACUGUCUACUUAUACAAAUGACCUGGUACCAUUGACAAUAUUAUGUUCUUGUUUAAAUAUAAUAUAUUCUGUAUAUUAGAAUUGAUUUUUUUUCACUAAUUUACCAAUAAAAAAUAAAACUAACUAUUCCUUUAAAGAAAAGCUCAUUUCUAAUCGGUCCUUUCAAACCUCUGCAUCACUCAUACAAUGUAAAAUGAUUUCAAAAAAAUGAAUUAAAAUAUUGCAGACGUGCUAAUAUCCACUGACUUAAAUGAUUUAAAGGCUGUUUUUAUUAGAGGAGUUGGCAAUCUUUGGCAGCCGUUGGUCAUUUUGAUGGGAUUUAUUAUGGAUUCAAAAGCGUCACAGUCAUACCACUUUGGUAGAUAUGGAAUUCCACCCACUUUUGGCAGUACACAAAAAGGAAACCACUUGAUGGAUUGUUAAGAACACAAAUUAUGCCUCAUCAGGACUUCAAAGUAAGUUCUAAUACUGCCACGUUGCUUUGGAAAGAAAUAGUCUCCCUCUCUGAACAAAAAGACUGUUUCAAAUCCCCUCUUUUUUUGUACUGAUGGGGUAGUGUUUGGUGAGUCUUUGACUUGCAGUCCUUAGUACUUGAUUCCAAAUAUAUACGUUGUGGGUUGUUACGGUUGGAAUCAUACUGAAGUAAAAUUUUAAUGGAGGCUACUGACAUCGGACUCUAGACCCAUAAUGUCCACCAUGAUUUGAGCUUGAAUCCAUUUUGUGUCUAGGUCAUGGGUAGUCAACCUGGUUCCUACCACCCACUACUGGGCGGUUUGGGAUUUCAGGUGGGCGGUGGUGGGUUCUGCAGAAAACGCCCAGUGGGCCUCAAUGGCCGUGGACCAAGGCUGGCAGGGGAGAUCCUUUCAUCUCCCCUGCCGGUCCAUGCAGAGCCUUGCUGCAAGCCCUCUUGGGCUGGUGAGGAGAUCAAAGAUCUCCCUCACUGGCCCGCAGGCACUUCGUUCCAACAGAGGAAGGGAAGGGCUUGGGGGCACUGUGGUCUAGAUGGACAGCUAAACAGUUUGCUCGUGUGGAUCUUUGCUGAGUAUGUGGUAUGCAGACAAUCACAGCCCAGGAAGUGUAGUAUAACCUCCAUAAUGUCUGUCCAGUGCUUGACUGUUUCUAGGUCUUACCAAGGGCUGUGCCUAAUAACUGUGUUUCUGUUGUUUCUAAUCAUUCUAAUCUAGUGAAUGUAAUAAGAACUUUGCCAUGGUCACAUUUCCACUCCACAUUCCAUUAGAAUAUAAUUCAAGCACCAUCACCACUACAACUACAUGUAGUAGUUAUGGUGCAGGAGUGCCUUGGCACCUCCAUUGUAAAUAAACAGUUUUUGAAUCAUUUCACUUCUUACCUGUGAUCCACUGGGCGCCACACGGCAGGGCUUAGCUCAAACACAGAACGUCCGUCUUUCCAUUGGCUGUGGAGGCGGGGAGCAGAUGGCUCCAUCCAUCUUUGACCCAUACAUGGGUAUGGAAAAUGUUGUUCUAGUCCGGAGUCUACACCACCCCAUGGGAUCUGGGCCAGGUCUAUGUUCAAACUGUAUUCCUUGAUGUGUGAGUUGUGCUUGAAUUACAGGUGCACACGCCUAAUGUUUAUGAUGAAAGAUUUUGGCCACUCCAUGUGUGAAAUGGUGGCCAUUCUAUUCUUCAUAUGUGCACAAUUUUUUUGCAUGAGUUUAACAGCAGAAAGUCUGUGCAUUGUGUCAGACAGGUAUUUUUGUAGUUCCACGGAAUGGAGCUUCAUGAUGCUGCGUUAACAUCUCAAGCAGGAUGACAUGAUCUCACAGAUGUGAGUAAACUCUUUCCUUAAAGGGUAUUUGUAAUUCCAGGUACAACUUACAGAGCAUUGUCACAGGUUUGUGGUGAAUGGGCUCAGUAUGCAGAGAUUUUAAAUGGAUACAGUCACGGAGUUCAAGGUUUUAAUUAUAAGGCAAAGUAAAUCUAAUUGAAAAGUCCCAAUGCAAAACAGAAGUGGUAAAUAAGACAGAAUCUUGACUGGCAGAUCAAGAAUUAAAAAGUUAUUUACCAAAGCAUCGGUGCUGGCUAAAUGAUGCAAAGGCUUAAUCAAAGCUAGAGAAGGUUUGGCAGGGGUUAACCAGAGCUGGAACAUGAGUGCAGGGGUUAACUAGGAUUGGAACAGGCUUAAGGAGCUUGUGACCUUGGCUUCUGUGCUUAAACAGAAAAGAGAGAGGGGACACCCACCUACAAGGGCCCAUAUAAUCAGAGGGCCUCUCCAAUGCAGGCAAGUGUCCAUGCCACCUAUGUGGGCAAGAUGCUCUGUCCUUUUAAGCAUCCAAGUGGCUGCCUCCCCAGCACUAUUCCCGAAUAUACCCCCCCAGGGUUCUGACACCCUGAGGAGAAAAAUACAGCAUUAAUUUAAGCCAAUAUCAAGUGCACUUAAAUUGUAUUGGUGCCCGUAUUGUCCCUUUAAGUAUUGCAUUUUCGAUGUAAGAGAAAAAAUGAAAUAAAAUGCAGUUUAUUUAAUUGUUGUCUAUCCUGCUAAACCUUGCAUACAUAAUGCCAAAGCAGUUAUUGGAAUUUAGAACUGCUCACUUAAUACUUGAAAACCAUACAGCUAAAACAAUUUUUAUUAUGUCUACUCACUUAAGCUUUAAUAAUCCAUUUAAUCAAAUCCCAAAUUCUAAAUUAAAAAAUAUAGUUCCGAUGCACUUUUUUAUUUUCCUUCAUUUCCUAAAAUUCUUUCAAGAGGGAAAAAAAGAGAGCUUUUUUUUUUCGUUUCUUAACUCAAUCUGUUUAUCAAUGGCCUGAGAUAAACAAAAAAAGAAUUGGCUACAAAUUUUUACAGCCUUGGUUUGAAAGGUACAAAAGCAAACUCUUAUAAGGACGAGUCUUUCUCCAAUUAAUUCUCUCCAAGAAUGUGUCUUUGUUAUAACCAGUAUUUGAGGCCCAACCCGGGAUAUAAAUGUAGAUUAAAAGCCAGUUCACAGAGAACGUAGUAUGUAAGGACUCUGCAUCGUGAACGGAAUCUUAAAGGACUAGCCUCGUCUUCUUUUGUUUCUUCCUAGAUCAGCAGGCUAUUGACAACCUCCAUUUUCAUUGUAGAGCAGCCAAACGUCUCUGUCCUAAAUCCAUUCACCCCACGGGUUGGGACUGUGGGAAUAUGAGCGUGAAAACUAGAUUUCAAAGAGAACUUCAGAGACCUUUUGGGUUUCAUGCGGCUUGCAUUGAAUAUAGGAAAUAGAGCUGUGAAUGCUUACAGAUGUAUGCAGGCCGAUCCACUCACGUUCAGCUGAAACCCAGCAAAUGUAGGCAACUAGGCUGACUUUCAAAAGAGAAUGCAAGAACAAUGGUCCUGUUCAAAGACAAGCAGUUGUAAUAUCAGGUGGUCCAAUAUGUGAAGAAUAAUAAUUCCUCUUUCAGAUAAUUCCUCUUGUUUUUCUUGAAGUGGUUGGUUGUAUUUCAAAGAAUGUAAUAAGUCAAUCACUGACCAAGAACCAGAUUUUGAACAUUGGGUAGAUGCAGUAUUGUAUGUUGUAACAGAUAUCCCUUUACCCCAGCUGAGUACCUCCGCCAAGGACCGCUUCCUAGCUGGAACAGGGGACAAGCCGCAGCACUUCUGCCCACAGUCGCCGUGGCUUGACUGGGGCCCUGGAACCGCUCCUUCCUGGAGCCAAAUGGGGAAUUAGCUCUAGUCCUUUCAAGGACUUUCCCAGUUGAAUCCCCUGCAAGCUGGAACAGCAGACACAGGAGUAAAUCUUCUUUCCCUCCAAUAACAGGACGACACACCGUCUUGUAGUGUAAGCUGGAAUAGCAGUUUAAUGGAGGCACACUGCCUUUUAUGCAAGUUUUCCAACAAGGUUGACGCCCAGGUGGACCACGUUGGGCACAGGACACAAAGUAUACAAGCCAAUCAAAACAAUGUAAUUAUGAACGGCACUCCCACAUACAGUACACAAUCCUUCCCCUUUGCCUGUGAUACAAUUAAGGUAGAUAAUACAAUAACGUAAUUAUCCCCAGACAGAAAAAACAUACAUUAUUACAAAGUCCCAUAAGUACCCUGUUACGGUUGCCUCCAGGCUGGCUGGAAGUUGGACCGUAGAAAUGCUCCUAGCGCUCACCAAAGGACCAUCAGCACCGUAGACGCUAUAAGCACUGCAGACUCCACAAACCGCCACUGCUGGGCUGGGAUCUCGCCGUCUGCUAUCCACCCUGGACCUACGACCAGGCUCCAGUACGUGAACCUCUUCCUUCUGUAGAGCGAAGCAGGAUCAGGAACAAGAGCUCUUACAAGAGCUCAGUAGCUAAGGGAGUAUGAAGAGCAUAGCAAUCCCUGUAGUGAUUAUAGCUGUCCCCUACAAACAUGAGUCGAGGCUGCAAGUUAGAGGGUCAAGUAGUUCUUUAAUUGGCACCGAAGGGCCUUCUUUUAUGGAGGUCUUACACAUACAGGACCGUCCACAGGGUUUUGCAGAACAACCAAUAAACACGUAACAUACAGUAAAAACACACCCAUCAAUAACACACAAAUCCUACACUUUUUAUACACAUACAGUGUAACUUUAAAAAUAUACGUCCAAUCUUCAUAAAUUACAUAUUUACAGAAUCAGCAUACUUUAAAUAUAAACAUAACCAAAAAUCACACACAUCCCUCCAGUGGAUAAAAUGUUAGAUGGAAGUCCUUUAUGACCGACCGCAAGCACAUUUUCAUGCCCAAAACUGUUCCAUAGAUUUGGGCUGUGCGUUUGGUCUAUUUCAGGCAGAAAGAUGUACCAUUCGAAUGCACGAACGAGGCCGUUCGUGCAUUUGGCUCAGUAUAACAGUGAGUUCAAACUGCCGAACGUGACUUAGUCUCUGGGGCUUCAAACAUAGUGUAGGAAAAGGUAAGGGUCAGCGUUCGGUUGAAAAAAGAUGCAUGAACUGCGGCCCCCCAGCGGUCAGCAAUUUACCUUCAGCAGGCUCCCAGCCUGGGAGGUAAAUUGCCUGCACGCUUCCACUUCUGGGUGGUCCGCCUGUGUGGUACUUGGUUCAGUAAGCCCCAUUUACUGAACCAAGUGUAAAGAAGCCAUGAAUAAAGUAUUUUAACCAAAUCUGGGGACACGGGGGACACAGGCUUAAAGGGGCAGUGUCCCAAACAAGUCUGGGGACACAGUCUUAAAGGAGCAUUGUCCCAAUUUUCCCUAUGUCCCAAAAAUGUGCUUAAAGGGCCAGCACCAGUCCCAUAACAGUCCAUAAGCCCCAAAAUGCUCACAAACUGUUCUUAAAGGGCCAUACACACCAGGGCCAUAGUCAUGAGGAAGGAGGCUGGCAGUAAGGGAAGCAGGGCAAUAUGUCACUUAAAGAGACAGUUACAAAAGGCAUUUUUUAACAUACCCCAAAAUACAACAUAUCCCCAUAAAAUCACAUCCCCUGAUCGCCUUGAUCUGCGUGCACAACAUAUCCAAACAUCACCCAGAUCAGAGCAGGGGCUCAAAAAUUCCAUGAAAGUCCUACAUUUGACCGACCGCACGCAUGGCUCCAUGCCCACAACCGUUCCAUGAAAUCAGUGCUAACAGUUGGUCAACUCCGGUAGUCUUUUACAGGUUUCCCUGCAGGGUCCAUAGUCUGUGGGCAGGAGGCUGGCAGGCAGGCUUCUCCAGGAGCUCGUGGCAAACUUGGGUAAAAAAGGGAGUUUGCCACAUAUGUCUUCUUUUCAAAAUUGUUGACUUAACAAUUCCAAACAUAGCAUCACAUUGCGAAUGAUUUUUAAUGAGAAUUACAUUCUUUUUCCAACAGAUGAACAUGAAGCUGGGCCUGCAGUUAUUACUCAUCGACCUCUUGGUUCAUACAGCGUGUGGUUUUAUCUUCGGCACAGAAAGAAAUUUAGGUACAGUAUACUGUCCACUUGGCUUUUCUUGAUCUAGCUAAUCUUGUCCUAUAUCACUAAAUUAUUUAUAAAGGUUUCAGUUUAAACAAAGAAGAGCUAAUUUGUCACCAAUACAGUAAUCGACCCUGUACACAAAUAAUGUCAAUGGUCUUUUUUUGCUUCAUAUUCUGCAUUAUCUCAUACAGAAGAUCAUAAAACCUUGAAAGUGAAGAUAAGAAAUUCCACCACUUCUCCUGUGUUGGCUGGUACUCUCAACUUACCGUGCCACAUCACCUAUAAGACUCCACUAGAAUCAACAAAUGUUGGUCGCCAGGCUGUCUUGGCCUCCCCUCGAGUGAAAUGGAGCUUCAUCUCUAAUGGAAAGGAAGUAGAGAUCUUGGUGGCUCGGGGACACAAAGUAAAAAUCAGUGAGGGGUACAGAUUUCGUGCCAGUCUGUCGCACUAUUCCAAGUCAGCAGAUGACCUUACUCUGGUCCUGAAUGAGCUGAGGACCAAUGACUCUGGAAUUUAUCGAUGCCAUGUGCAGUACGGCAUUGAAGAUGACCACGACAAGGUAGAGGUGAAAGUUAAAGGUAAUGGACAAUAAGAAGCAGCAAAAACAUUUAGAGGUGGAGUCAUCUUAAUAUAUAGUAGGUUCUUACCUACUAUUUUUGCGUUUAUUAUUUAUUUUUAACAUGUCAGGUGGAAAAAAUUAGAUGAUAGCAUUGAUGUAAUCCAUGUUAUAAUUAUGGCUCCGCAGAUGUAAUCAUAUAUAAGUGGGCCUAAUUACUGCACAUUAACCCUAACCCGCAUUAAUUUUUUUUAUUCACCAUUUACAUGUAAUGACUCUCAAUCAUAGGUAUAUAGUGUGUGUGUGCCAGCCUUAGGCACUACAACUCAUUUGUGCUUCAGCCAUCCAACAAGCUGUCUAUCCCUACUGAUAUUUAUGCAUGUAACGUACUAUAUAUUAAAACCCAUGUUCUAACAUCCUCUGCCCGCCUCAUUUCCCAGGGGUCGUGUUCCUGUAUCGGGAGGGUGUCAACCGCUAUGCAUACAAUUUCUUUAAGGCACAGGAAGCCUGUGCCAAGAUUAAGGCCCACAUAGCCACGGCAGAUCAGCUCCUGGCCGCCUAUUACAGUGGAUACGAGCAGUGUGAUGCUGGCUGGAUCGCUGACCAAACUGUCAGGUGGGAUACCUUUUUGGGUUCUGCUGAAAAUGCUAUGUUUUAUCUCUAAAAUCCAACACAAUGUAGACUAUAUAAUGUUCUGUGCUUUCCAGGUACCCAAUUCAAACACCAAGAGAGGGCUGCUUUGGGGAUAUGGAUGGUUACCCUGGAGUGAGGAAUUAUGGCAUCCUGGACCCAGAUGACAUGUAUGAUGUUUACUGUUAUGUGGAAGAACUCAAUGGUAAUCUCAUUACUGUAAAUACAGAUGUAGCUUUUUUAUGUUUUAUGAAUGAAAAUCACUUAAUCUCAAUAUAGCUACAGAGGUGGUGCAUUCUUGUCUCCGUCCUGCAUGCUUCUCCUCACUGGCUUCUCUGCUCAGUCUGUCUCUGUCUUGUCUGUCUUGGUCUCAGUUACUGCUCUGUUCUGUCUGUCUUGACACAGUUACUUCUCUGCUGUCUGUCUCUGUCUUGACACAGUUACUUCUCUGCUCUGUCUGUCUCUGUCUUGACACAGUCACUUCUCUGCUCUGUCUGUCUCUGUCUUGACACAGUCACUUCUCUGCUCUGUCUGUCUCUGUCUUGACACAGUUACUUCUCUGCUCUGUCUGUCUCUGUCUUGACACAGUCACUUCUCUGCUCUGUCUGUCUCUGUCUUGACACAGUUACUUCUCUGCUCUGUCUGUCUCUGUCUUGACACAGUCACUUCUCUGCUCUGUCUGUCUCUGCCUUGACACAGUCACUUCUCUGUAUUGUCUAUCUCUGUCUUGGCACAGUUACUUCUCUGUAUUGUCUGUCUCUGUCUUGGCACAGUUACGUUUCUGCUCUAUCUGUCUCUUUCUUGACACAGUUAAUUCUCUGUAUUGUCUGUCCUGGCACAGUUACUUCUCUGCUCUAUCUGUAUCUGUCUUGGCACAGUUACUUCUCUGCUCUAUCUGUAUCUGUCUUGUCUGUCUUGGCACAAAUACUGAUCUCUUCUGUCUUUGUCUGUCUCUGUCUUGGCACAGUUAUUUCUCUGCUCUGUCUGUCUCUGCUCUGUCUGUCUUGACACAGUUACUUCUCUGCUCUGUCUGUCUCUGUCUUGACACAGUUACUUGUCUGUCUCUGUCUGUCUCUCUGUCUUGGCACAGUUAUUUCUCUGCUCUGUCUGUCUCUGUCUUGACACAGUUACUUCUCUGCUCUGUCUGUCUCAGUCUUGACACAAUUACUGCUCUGCUCUGUCUGUCUUGACACAGUUACUUCUCUGCUCUGUCUGUCUCUGUCUUGACACAGUCACUUCUCUGCUCUGUCUGUCUCUGUCUUGACACAGUCACUUCUCUGCGCUGUCUGUCUCUGUCUUGACACAGUCACUUCUUUGCUCUGUCUGUCUCUGUCUUGACACAGUCACUUCUCUGCUCUGUCUGUCUCUGUCUUGACACAGUCACUUCUCUGCUCUGUCUGUCUCUGUCUUGACACAGUCACUUCUCUGCUCUGUCUAUCUCUGUCUUGGUACAGUUACUUCUCUGUAUUGUCUGUCUCUUUCUUGGCACAGUUACGUUUCUGCUCUAUCUGUCUCUGUCUUGACACAGUUAAUUCUCUGUAUUGUCUGUCCUGGCACAGUUACUUCUCUGCUCUACCUGUAUCUGUCUUGUCUGUCUUGGCACAAAUACUGAUCUGCUCUGUCUUUGUCUGUCUCUGUCUUGGCACAGUUAUUUCUCUGCUCUGUCUGUCUCUGCUCUGUCUGUCUUGACACAGUCACUUCUCUGCUCUGUCUGUCUCUGUCUUGACACAGUUACUUCUCUGCUCUGUCUGUCUCUGUCUUGUCACAGUCACUUCUCUGUAUUGUCUGUCUCUGUCUUGGCACAGUUACGUUUCUGCUCUAUCUGUCUCUUUCUUGACACAGUUAAUUCUCUGUAUUGUCUUUCCUGGCACAGUUACUUCUCUGCUCUAUCUGUAUCUGUCUUGGCACAGUUACUUCUCUGCUCUAUCUGUAUCUGUCUUGUCUGUCUUGGCACACAUACUGAUCUGCUCUGUCUUUGUCUCUGUCUUGGCACAGUUAUUUCUCUGCUCUGUCUGUCUCUACUCUGUCUGUCUUGACACAGUUACUUCUCUGCUCUGUCUGUCUCUGUCUUGACACAGUUACUUCUCUGCUCUGUCUGUCUCGACAAAGUUACUUCUCUGCUCUGUCUGUCUCUGUCUUGACACAGUUACUUAUCUGCUCUGUCUUUAUCUGUCUUGGCACGGUUCUUUCUCUGCUCUGUCUGGAUCUGUUUUGGCACAGUUACUUCUCUGUUCUGUCUGUCUCUGUCUUGUCUGUCUUUGCACAGUUACUUUUCUGUUCUGUCUGUCUCUGUCUUGUAUGUCUUGGCACAGUUAAUUAUCUGCUCUGUCUGUCUGUCUCUGUCUUGGCACAAAUACUGCUCUGCUCUGUCUUUGUCUGUCUCUGUCUUGGCACAGUUAUUUCUCUGCUCUGUCUGUCUCUGUCUUGUCUGUCUUAGCACAGUUACUGCUCUGCUCUGUCUGUCUCUGUCUUGUCACAGUUACCUAUAUGCUAUUUAUCUGUCUCAGUCCUGUGUGCCUCUUCUCAGUGACCUCUAAGUGCUUUCCUUAUCGUGUCUGUCUCUCCAGGUGACAACUCUUCUCUUACUGUCUCUAUCAUGUAUGUCUCAAUACGGUCACCUCUAUGUCUCUGUCCCGUCUGCCUGUGAUUGGCUCCUUCUCUGCUCUCAGUCUCUGUCUUCGCAACCUCUGAUACUGAAUUCUCUGUUCUCCUUCUUUCUACAUGCACUUAAUUUUUCUACACAGUGAUGUCUCUGCCCCCUGUACUCUUUCUGCUUUUCUUCAGUGUCGUCUCUGCUCCUCCUGUCUGUCCUAUUUCCUCUCCUCUAUUGCCUCCCUGUUCUUCCUCUGGGCUGUUCCUUUGUGACUCUACUCGAUGGCCCCACUCAUCUGUCACACCUUUCUUUCUAUCUUCUUCCUGCUAUCAGCAUCAGUCAUGCACCCAUCACUCAUGCCACGGCUUCCUUGUUGAUGAGGAAACUGUCCAACAUGUUCUAAGCUAUCUCCAACUCCAAGUCACAAACAAGACUGUAAAUGGAACAAAAUCAUUAGUCAUUCUCAGUCUUUGUUCACUUUCUCUAAUGUCAUUACAGAACAAAGAUAUCAGAAGGAUGCAUGGGGAUUUAUGAUGCUGGAUUAAAAGUAAUAAUAAACAUUUAUUAGUUGAUUAAAUAGUUAGAUAUUCCAUUUAAUGAUGUUUUGUUAUAUAUACACUGUUAAUGAGAUGUGAAAUAUCAUCUAGUCAUAACCAUGUAUCAUUGAAGACCCCAAACUAUGUCUACCUACCCUUUCCCAACAGCUUAGUAUUUCUUAUGAGAAUGUCAGCUCUGUAUAUCAUUGCUGUGAUCAAACUUACUGUUAAUUAUUGUGGUAACUUCUGUUUUUUCCCCCUUCGCCUUAGGAGAGGUGUUUUUAGGUUCUACACUCAACAAAUUUACCCUAGAGGAGGCCAAAGAUUACUGCAGGACGCUGGGUGCACAAAUAGCAACAACAGGACAGCUGUACUCAGCAUGGAGUGAGGGAGUGGACUUCUGCAGCCCUGGGUGGCUUUCUGAUGGCAGUGUGCGUUACCCCAUUGUGACACCAAGAGAAAGAUGUGGGGGGAAUUUACCCGGGGUAAAAACAAUUUUUCAGUUCCGCAAUCAAACUGGUUUUCCAGACUCCAGUUCCAAAUAUGACGUAUACUGCUUCAGAGGUAAAGACUUCUAAAGUACUUACUGAGCUGCUUGAGAGGGUUGACAAAUAUAUCGUCUAUGUAACAUAAUUCCAGAGCUUUGUUUACAUGCACAUAAUAGAACACGUAGAUGUGGAGAGAGAGAGAGCUCUCAUUAAGUACUCCGGAUAGUAAUAUUGUGUGGCAAAAGCACAAGAAAGCCAAGCAGUUAGAGGAAUUUUGGUGAAUAAUAAAAAUGAUUACCCCAUCCAUUAGAUGGUUGGUUUUUAGUGGGUAAAGUAUUCACAAUAGAUAGAUAUAUGAGAACACUUCAUACUUGUUCUGGUUGUGACUUUCUCUCCAAGUGAGGGGAAUGGUAUGUAGUCACUGCCCAUUGCUUGCCAUGUCUAUCUAACCCGACAACUUUUCCUAAUUUUUGUUUUGCACCCUUUGUGCCUACAUAACUGGUGUUAAAUGGAAAGUCUGUUUUUUUUAAAUUCUUUAUUUAUUCCAAGACAGGGUAACAAAAAUAAAGCGUACAAAUCAAGAUAACAGUGCGUACCAUCAUAACUUUGUUCAAUCAUGAUUUCCAUGUUCAUUUACAUAUUGCCAGCAAAAUUACAGGCAGUAACAUUGUAACAAUAGAGAUCUUGAAAAGCUUUAGCGACCAUGUAUCGUGAAGUAGAGCAUGGAUUCAUAUAGUAGCGUAUAUCCCGUCUCGGAUUUUUGUUUAAAUAGAAAGGAAAGACGUUCCUAUGCCACCAUACACACAGUUGUCAGAGAACAUUGAGAUGUUAUAUGGUCCAUAAGUACGUCCCGGUUAGAAAUACCCCAGGGUAGUAUUGUAUCUGCAAGCGUUCACACGUGGUCUCUGCAGUUCGUUAGCGACCAUAAGUCGUAGAUUUGUAAGUCAUAAAAGGGAGAGAGAAGAUGAGAGUAAGAAGAGUGAUAGAACAGGACGUCCCUCAAAUAACAAAGAGGUUUGUGAGAGGUAAAAACAGUGUGGUGUUAUAUUUAUUCAUGCUUUGGGGCAUUUCAGGUCUCUAGCAUCUCCCAGGGGGAUCCCCCAGGUCUCUAGACAGAAGAUGACAUGCAUGAGGCUGUGGGUCGUUAACGAAAGUAAGAUUGUCGGUGCGCUCGGGGGACCGAGCCCAGCUCGGCCCUCAUUUAGUCGCUCGCUGCGCUAGCCAGCCAGGGGCCCCAAAUCUUUUCUAACUUUCCGCUUGUCCCGCGGACCUGUGCUGUUAAUUUGUCCAUUAGGAAUGUGUCUUUAAUUUUUUUGUAUCACCAUAGAGAUAUUUGAAGUCUCUCUCUGUAGCCAAACCUGUGUUAGUGCUCUUCUGAAAGUCUGCUGUUCUAUAAGCAUUGGCUCCAGGUUAUAUUUUUUACUGGUAAAUGUCAUAUUUAAUGUUUAUUUAAACCUUUCUUUAAGAUUUUUUUUUUUUUUGGGCAAAAGUCAAAAGAGAAUUUAUCUGAUGAGGUUGAUCAGUGUCUAAAAACCUCUAUCUCCUCCUCAUUGGCUGGCAAUGCAAAACCCAAUCUGACCUCAGAAGUAAGAUGUUAGUUUAAAGGGGCACACCACUGACCAAAUAAAAAAUAUUCCACAAUGAAAACAUUUAUUUAAUUAUGUGGAGGUAUAUUUAAAAACUGUUUGCAAUAGCUGCAAUUAUCUUGUCUGCAGCCUUUGCAAGCCCUCCCCUUCUAACUCUGCCCAGACUUUCUGUGGCUGUCCAAUCAAAGACAUCCCAAUGCAGCUCAAUGAGAAGGCUUUGCAAGACAUGUGCUCUGGGCAAUUUCUGCCUCUUCAGUUUAAUUCCACUGAGCUACACAAACCAGGAAGUAACAGGACCUGUUGUCUGACAGGUUAAACUUGGUUAAAUUAUAAAAGUAAAGAUUUUUAUCUAAAUCUGCACUUUCUGCAAAAUGAAAAAAGAAAACACACUUUUUCACACACAAAGCAUUUAAGCAAUCUAAGAUGCUAUAGGUGCUCUCUGGAGUGUUCCUUUAACCAGUUGAUUGAUUGGUGAGUGAAGAGUAUACAUUUGUGCAACACAAAAACAGUCCAGUGUAGUUUGAGUAUUAAUUGUAAAGCAUAAAUAUGUAUUUUCCCAUUGUCCAUAAUACUUACACAAUAAGGGCCAACAGAUGUAUAUCUACUAAACAGAUGUGUGCCAUUCUGAUGAGUAAAAACAGGGAGAGAUUCCACUAUCCGUGGCUGGUCAUUUUGGUUCAGUUAAUCCAUAAUCAAUGCAAGUGAUGUAAAAAAAUAAAAACUAUUAUAAUACUGUAUGUCCUUUCUGAGGGAGAUUACAAAAAAAUAAACUAAAUGGGUGUGGAUUCUCACUCAGAGCUGCUACGUAUUAAAAAAAAAAAAAAAAAAAAAUUAAAUCUUCCUUGGAACAUGUAGAUGUUACAUUAUGAUGUAUUUAAAAUAAAUAGGAACAAUGUAAUUAUAUAUGCAGUAUAUAAUUAUAUUGUAGUUGUCCAUGAAAAAAUAUUUUCACUAAUGUAAAAUCUACCGUUGAGUUAUUAUUCCACUUUUGCUAUGAGAUCAUCCUAAUAUAUUAAAAAAAUAAUAAACCACAUCUAUAUGAAAUAAUAAAUUAUUGGCAUUGCUAGGUGAAGAUUAAAACACAUUCUUUCUUAAAAGAAAGGUCCUCAAAUUAUUUUUUUCCAUUUUACUAACCAUAAAAAAAUAUAAGGUGGACAGCUGAAUCAUGUACACAUCAGGUUUUCAUGAACAUGAAAUAAAAUGAGUAUUACUUUCCUUUGGAAAAAUAAUAUUGCAUUAUAUUGGUUGUAAUAUAAAGCUGUUUGAAAUUAGAGCUUUCUAAGUUAGUUAAUGUCUCGUUACCAAGCCCAACUCCUUCAAGAACCUAUUUGGAGAAAAUGUCUGACACGUUUUUAUUAUUUUUUUAGGAUUGUAAAUGAAAACUGCAAAGAAUUGUUGCAGAAGAUAAUGACUCCCCGCUUACUUAUUUUUUUUAUUUUUUUUAUUUUAAUUUCCACUUAAAGAUCAAUUUUAAAGCUAGGUGCAAUUCAACAUGUAAUGUGCCUCUGUCUUUUUUCUAGAUAAAAAUCUAAUUCAAACUCAUGAUUCUUAUUAAGGUCGCCAUGCUCCGGUUGAAGGUGUAAGAGAUGUGAUUACUUUUACUGACAGCUUUGAGGAGCUGAAGAUCUCGUCCGUCAAGGCUGAAAAUGAAGCUCAGGGCUCUGUGGAUACUCUGCCAUAUAAAAAGUAUCCACUGGAUGGAGAAACGGAUGUGUUAAAUGUAUCAAUUUCGAUAGAACAAGACCCAUCUCUUCACCCAACAGUGCCAACUGUAGAAAGUACUAUUGGCCACAGGAAUCUAUCACUUGUCUUUGCUACCACUCCAUCCUACGAAGAACAUUCUGUAGCUUCUCAAAGUUCUAUAGAAGAAUCGGUGAUAGUAAAAAAUACCACUGAGCUAGGUAGGUUACAAAUCUGAAAAUUGGUUCUACAUCUGAUAAGAUUACAGUAAAAGCAAUUUCAUCCCAAAUCUAUCUUUUAAUGAUCCAUAUGGUAUCAGGUCGAAUAAAUAUUAUUGGUCAUGGGCCUUUAUGUCAUAUAGUUGCAAAGCCUAGACUUGGGGAUUUGUUUUGCAUCUAAUUGAAAUUCGGCUAAAUGUAAGCCGAUUAGGGGUUUGGCUGAAUUCCAAGUUAAAAUAUACUUUUAGUUCAGAUACUCAACCACGCUGGCACAUUUUCACAGCAUUUUGAAUUGUUCUCCUGAUUUGGUUCCCAAAUCAAAAACUUGCCCAAAACAAACUGACAUCCAGCCACAUUUCGGGUGUCCCGAAAAGUCUUUUCUCUUCGGAAAAAAUUAUUCGGCAGAUCCAAAAUUUCUCACCAUGCACAAGUCUAGCAAGUAAUUUUUGUACCACAAUUGUACUCAGAUUUGUGUUCUUAUAUAGACUAUCUUCUAAAUGAUAUCUGCUUUUUAUUACUGAAACUGUAAAUUAACAUAGAUUAUAUAAAAUUCCACAGUAGAUGCUUACUAGUCUACCCACUUCAAACAGUAGUACCAUUCCAUUAUAAUAUAUGUUGUAUUAUUUGUGUAUUUUGACAGAACAUGAACUUGAGUCUUUCCCAGUUCCAGAAAACAAAUCUGUUUCUUCACUAAAUGAAAUGACUGGAAGGACUUUGGAGGAAAAUGUUGAAUUUCCAACACCAUUACCAUCAGGUGACUCCACCUUAGAUUUAGGUUUUGUGAAUUUAGAAGUAGAAAAUGAUUAUCCUGAUGACAACAUAUCUGCCCUGAUAGAGGAAAUGGGCUUUGCUGAGUCUCAGUCAGCAAGUCCUUUCCCAGGUGGCCAGGUUUCCGAAGAAGUGAACUCUACACAGUCCUCAGAGAAAAUCAACGUAGAUGACCACAAAAUAUUUAGCACGGUGAAUGAACACAUAAUUUCAACAUUCAAUGAAAGUCAACUUACAAGUACUUCUGUAAAUACCACGAUUGUCCCUACAAUUGGCACUGUUUUAGAAGGUCAUGUAGAUCAUAGGGAAACAGAUGAGCAGGUACAUUCCAGCGGGCAAAUAUAUAAUAUCAACUUAUACACGUUUCCUUAUAAUAGUUCAGAAAUACAUACAACAGAAAUUAUUUCAACAAAUAACACUACUCCUGGAGCUAAUGAUGUUGAAGGAUCUGGGCAAGAAGACCAGAGUAUCUUGGAAAGAGAAUUGAAGAGUCCCAAGCCAACAGAAGGUCCAGCCGAUGACUCAGUUUCUGGUGAUGUAUCAGGAUUGACAAGUACCUAUUUCCACACCUUGGGUGGUUCUUCCAAUCCCUUUACAGAUGCACAAAUAUCAGAAGUGCAUUUAAUGUCUACAACAACUGUGCCUUUUUCAGCUAUUCUCAAAAGCCAUAACCGUAUAAAAUCCACUUUGGAAGAAGGGAGUGGGGACAUUUCUGAAUCCAUUUUGGUUAGGUCAACUGGAAAAACAUUUAGUGAAAUUAAUACUAUCCAAGACACCCAUUCAACCACACGGCAACCUCCAAUAGAUCCAACAAGCUCUGCAGAGAUGACACAACCUUCAAAUAUAUUUGUGCAUUCUACUGCAUUUAAUAAUUUAAAUCAAUAUGUCAAUCGAGAAACGGCAACUGUACAAGUCUCCCAUCUCUUGAGUCCAGAUUUGUCUUCUGCUGUACAAACAGUUGAAGACUCUAGAGUAGAACAACCGUACACAAAUGGAAAAGAUGUCUUUACAACAGCAGUGAUGGGCAUAUUAGAGGAUGUUGGAGAUCCAAAAACACCUGAAGAUAUUUCUAGGUCUUCAUUCCACAGCCCACCAUUCAGUUACACACCCUCUCCACUACCCGUCAGCAAUUCAGAUGCUUCUACAAGUCAUCACCUUGAGAAAUCUUCCCAACCAAAUGAAUCAUUGAAUACAACUAAUCCUCUACCCGCCGUGCCAACAGAAAGAGCCAUUUAUGGAGCUUCAGUUAAUCUGUCAGGUAAUCUUCAUGUCUGCCUCACCGUUCUACUUUUAUUGGUCAUCUAUCUUAUUGCCUUGUGCUGAAAAUUUCUUCUCCUCCCUCUGCGUUUUCCACUUUCACUAUCUCAUGUAGCAUCAGAAAGGGAGGAAAUUUUAGGAUCAUGACUAGUAAAUCAAUCAUUCUGGUCAUACAAGAGCGUGCAUCCUUUUUUUACUUCUAUGAAGUAUUUUUAUGACUGUUUCCGUGAAAAAAACAAAAAUAAAUAAACGGAAUGAAAUUACUUUUUCUUUUUAGAAUUAAAGCACUUGUUUAAUGUCUGCCUAAAAUCUUUUUUUCCCUCUUCUUCUUUUGUGUGUUCUAUUUUUUUGUGUCUUUCUGAUUCUUCUGCUAACUUUACUAAGUUACUUCUGCUUAGCUUACAUUAAUUGGGUUUUAGAAAGAUACGUAAAUUUUAACAUUUUAAGUGUGAUUUCAAUUUUAUACAGUUAUGUGUUAUCCUACCCAAAGGGGUAAACAGGGCACAACAUUAAUAGCAUUGUUUCUAAAAUGUUUUUGGGUGAAGAUAUGUGGGUAUACCUCAAAACCUUUUAUCUUUAGUGGGCUACAUUGGUAACUAACUUUUCUGAGUUUUUUUUUUAUCUUCUCUAUGCCUUUACAAUGCACCACCACUAAUAUUGGCACCCUUGGUAAGUGUGAGCGAAGAAGGCUGUGCAACUUUGUUUUUGUAUGAGCUCUUGAUCUUUUGUUCAAAAGAUGUAUAAAAAUACUAUGCUAUUCUCCGACCUCAUCAGGCAUGAGAGGAGAAGACUCAGAGCUAUUAUCUUGGCGAAGGGAGGUAGCACAGAGUGUUGAUUAAAAGGGUGACAAUAAUUGUGCCACACAUCAUUGGCGGACCGCCUGGCACCCCGACUGGGUGCCUCUACCGUUCGAUCCUUCCUAGUGCUCACAGAGUAAUUCCAAGCACUCCACCAGACAAUAUAACCACUGUAAUCCCCACAGCCAGCGUUACAGCUUGGUUGGGGUCUCACUGUCUUCCACCCACUCUGGACCCAAUAGCAGGAUCCAGCUUCCAGUGGUUAGACCUCUCCUACUCCAGAGAGUAUAGCAGGAUAGCUCUUACAAGAGCUAGUGAUUAUAAUCCAAGGGAGUAUAAGGAGUAUAGCAAUCCCCAGAGUGAAUAUAGCUAUCCCCUCCACACGAGACGAGGCUCUAUGUUGAGGGUGAAGAGGAACUGUUUAAUGGCAGCCUCAACUGGCCUCAUAUGCAGGUCCCCAUGCAAGGGGUUUUACAUAGCAUAUUCCAGGGGCAUUCCCCACUGGACCUAAAAGGGGACUAUGACAAGGUACUCACUUUAAUUAUAUUGGCUCUCAGGUCCAGGACACUCCCACACAAAACAGGGUAAUCCCUCCAGUGUGCUUGAGCACAGACACCUGCGACCGGGUAUCCCCAGCCAUGUUUUGCAGCCCCGGCCUGCAUGGCAAACUGCCAGGGCCGCACAUGAUGGGGCCUAGCAGGUGGCUGUUAGGGCCACCCGAUGGGUAUGGAUUUCCAGGGGGCCAGGUCAGCGAUGACAUCAGACAGAGCUGGGAGGAAGUGACUGCCCUGGUCACUCCUCCCAGCUAUCAGUAAGCCGCGUGGGAGGAAGAAGGAGGGAGUCAGAGUUCCCAUCAGGCUGAGACCCCACUGGACCCCAGGGAAAGUCACCCUCCUGCAAAAGGUAGGAAACAGCAGGGUGACUUAAAUAUUUUGUAUAUGUGUGUGUUUGUAUGUAUGUGUAUGUGUAUCUCUGUAUGUAUGUGUCUGUAUCAAACAUACAGAGUCAUACAUACAGUCACAUACAGAGAGGCACACACAGACAUACAGACACACACACACACACAUACAGACUGUGUGUGUAUGUAUGUGUGUGUGUGUGUGUGUGUGUGUAUAUGUGUGUGUGUCUGGGGGUGGGGCCCACGGAUCAGUUUUGCACCGGGGCCCCAUGGAUUGUGUGUACGCCACUGUGCCUGAGAGAUAAUUGAGUCAGGAACUGUACUAAACUCCAUUAUCUCCAGGCACAGAAAACAUACAUUUUAACAACAUCCUAAAAAAGUACCCCCAAAACACAUGGAAACCCCACAACAGUCACAUCCCCUGAUAGCCCCAAUCUGGCGGACCAACAUAUCUAAACAUCACCCAGCUCGGUUCAGGAUUUCCAUGGAAGUGAUCAUUUUGACAAACUGUACACAUGGUCCUACGCCCAAAACAGUUCCAGGGAAUCAGGGCUAAUGGUCUGUAUCUCUUUCUGGAGUACAAAAGUACAUCAUUCACAUGGACUGAGCCUUUUAAAGUGCAUUGGACAUGGUAUAUUGCAGGGCCCAUAGUCCUGAGGCAUGAGGCUGGCAAGCAGGCUCCUCCAGGAGCCCGUGGCGAGGUUCUGUUCGCCACAACAUCUAUUUAACAAAGAUUUAUUUGGAGGACGAGGCUGUGUUGUGUUUGCAAUUGUUUGAUAUCCAUGAGAGCAAUUUAUUUUUGUGUAUUUUAUGAACAAAAGAUCAAAAAGAUGAAUAAUAACGACAGAUUUUCCCAGCCUUAUUUGCUCAGAUUUACCAAGGAUGCCAAUAUUCGUGAAGGGCACUGUAUCUAGAAUGAUAGCAAAGCCAUUACACUAGAAUUCACACAGGAAUUGCCUAGCUGUGACGGUUUCACAAAUCAAUAAGGUGGUGUCAUAUUAUCGCACCAAAUGUCAUGUUACCGAGUGAAAAAAAUCUGUUUAUAUGGAAACACAAAAUAUGCCAAUCUUUAUCUUUCUUUUUUUUUUUUAAUUAGCACCACCACUUUUUGUUACUCUGUUUCACUAGAAACAUGUCUAAAACAUUUAUAGACAGAAAAAAAAAAAUCUUGUAAAAUAUUCUCAUGGCACUUUUAAAAAGUCACAUACUGUAUUUCUGUCAAUAAUGUAAAUUAAUAAUCCCAACAAGUACUGUUUUAGCUAACCACAAAAUGUCUGACUGUAGUUACCACUCCAGUGCAGGAGGCCAUCUUAGAAUUGCAUCCUGUUUGACAGACUGUCAGUGACCGUGUCAAUGUUAUAGAUACCAACAUAACAUUGGGAAUCGAACACGUGGAGUUAGCAGCCAAUCAGAAUCUGUGAUUUGUCAUAUAGUUCCCACCCUUCCACUUGUAAAAUCUGACUCAAAAAGAUCUACAUAUCAUACAGCUCUGAAUUUGUCUACUUCUUAUUACAGAGCCACUAUGAGAUUGAGUAGGUUAGUUUUAGUUAGUUAGUAUUGAAUUCCCACCUGUUGACAGAGUACAUGGGGCCAGUGUUCUUUAAACACUAGGGAGCCAUUUAUAGAUAAAUAAAUAUCUAAUCUCCCAGAAAAGAAUAUUGUUCAUUCUGCUGGUCUGUAAAAGCCGGGGCAGCACCCAGGGAAAAACUUUGCACCAUCUGUUUAGUUUUAGUUCAAAAGUACAAAGUCAAAUUCAGAUGCUAUCCGUAUAGUACAUAUAUUUAGUCUAUAACCACACACUAGUCUGUAGUACAGACGUGAGUCUGAUUGAAGUUUCAGUGUCCUGUAUUUUUGAGCAAAUCCGUAGCUUGCCUCUGUACCUUGUGUUGUAGAUGUCUGCUUUCCAAAUCCAUGUGAAAAUGGAGGAACCUGCGUUGACGGAGAAGAUGAUGACUUCACCUGCCUGUGUUUGCCAGGUUAUAAUGGAAAAAUCUGUGACAUAAGUGAGUGAACAGGGAGGUGGUAGAAUAUGUUCUGUAAUCGGGUAUCAUGAUGAAUGCAACUAGGUAAUCAGGACCAUGCGUGAGCCAAGACAGAGCCAGGUCAUGUAAUCCAGGGGUUAACUAGAGCACAACCAAGUCAUGUAAUCCAAGGGUGAGCUAGAACACAGCCAGAUCAAGUAAUCCAGAGGUGAGCUAGACAGAAUCAAGUCAUGUAAUCCAGGGGAGAGCUAGAGCAUAGCCAAGUCAUGUAAUCCAGGGGAGAGUUAGAACACAGCCAAGCCAUGUAAUCCAGGGGAGAGCUAUAGCAGAGCCAAGUCAUGAAAUCCAGGGGUGAGUUAGAGCACAAUCAGGUCCUAUGGCCCAGGGGUGAGCUAGAGCACAACCAAGUCAUAUAAUCCAGGGGUGAGCUAGAGCACAGCCAAGUCAUGCAAUCCAGGGGUGAGCUAGAGCACAGCCAAGUCAUGCAAUCCAGGGGUGAGUUAGGGCACAACCAGGUGCUAUGGCCCAGGGGUGAGCCAGAGCACAACCAAGUCAUAUAAUCCAGGGGUGAGCUUGAGCACAGCCAAGCCAUGCAAUCCAAGGGUGAGAUAGAGCACAACACAGUCAUGUAAUCCAGGGGACAGCUAGAGCAUAGCGAAGUCAUGUAAUACAGGGGAGAGCUAGAACCCAGCCAAGCCAUGUAAUCCAGGGGUGAGCUAGAACACAACCAAGCCAUAUAAUCCAGGGGUGAGCUAGAGCAUAGCCAAAUUAUGUAAUCCAAGGGUGAGCUAGAGCACAACCAAGUCAUGUAAUUCACGGGUGAGCUAGAGCAUAGCCAAAUCAUGUAAUCCAAAGGUGAGCUAGCACACAGCCAAGCCGUGUAAUCCAAGGGUGAGCUAGAGCACACCCAAACAUGCAAUCCAGGGGUGAGCUAGAGCACAGCCAAGCCAUGUAAUCCAGGGGAGAGCUAGAACAUAGCCAAAUCAUAUAAUCCAGGGGAGAGCUAGAGCACAGCCAAAUCAUGCAAUCCAGGGGUGUGUUAGAGCACAAUCAGGUCCUAUGGCCCAGGGGUGAGCUAGAGCACAACCAAGUCAUAUAAUACAGGGGUGAGCUAGAGCACAGCCAAGCCAUGCAAUCCAAGGGUGAGCUAGAGCACAACACAGUCAUGUAAUCCAGGGGACAGCUAGAGCAUAGCCAAGUCAUGUAAUACAGGGGAGAGCUAGAACCCAGCCAAGCCAUGUAAUCCAGGGGUGAGUUACAACACAACCAAGCCAUGUAAUCCAGGGGUGAGCUAGAGCAUAGCCAAAUUAUGUAAUCCAAGCGUGAGCUAGAGCACAACCAAGUCAUGUAAUCCAGGGGUGAGCUAGAGCAUGGCCAAAUCAUGUAAUCCAAGGGUGAGCUAGAGCACACCCAAACCAUGCAAUCCAGGGGUGAGCUAGAGCACAGCCAAGCCAUGUAAUCCAGGGGAGAGCUAGAGCAUAGCCAAGUCAUAUAAUCCAGGGGAGACCUAGAGCACAGCCAAGUCAUGCAAUCCAGGAUGAGUUAGAACACAAUCAGGUCCUAUGGCCCAGGGGUGAGCUAGAGCACAACCAAGUCAUGUGAUCCAGGAGAGAGCUAGAACCCAGCCAAGCCAUGUAAUCCAGGGGUGAGUUACAACACAACCAAUCCAUGUAAUCCAGGGGUGAGCUAGAGCAUAGCCAAAUAAUGUAAUCCAGGGGUGAGCUAGAGUAUAGCCAAAUCAUGUAAUCCAAAGGUGAGCUAGAGCAUAGCCAAGCCAUGUAAUCCAGGGAAGAGCUAGAACACAACCAAGUCCAUGUAAUCCAGGGGAGAGCUAGAGCAUAGCCAAAUAAUAUAAUCCAGGGGAGAGCUAGAGCACAGCCAAGUCAUGCAAUCCAGGGGUGAGUUAGAGCACAGCCAAGCCAUGUAAUCCAAGGGUGAGCUAGAGCACAACCAAGUCAUGCAAUCCAGGGGUGAGUUAGAGCACAGCCGAGCCAUGUAAUCCAAGGGUGAGCUAGAGCACAACCAAGUCAUGCAAUCCAAGGGUAAACUAGAGCACAACACAGUCAUGUAAUCCAGGGGACAGCUAGAGCAUAGCCAAGUCAUGUAAUCCAGGGGAGAGCUAGAACCCAGCCAAACCAUGUAAUCCAGGGGUGAGCUAGAACCCAACCGAGCCAUGUAAUCCAGGGGUGAGCUAGAACCCAAUCAAGCCAUGUAAUCCAGGGGUGAGCUAGAACCCAACCAAGCCAUGUAAUCCAGGGGUGAGCUAGAACACAACCAAAUCAUGUAAUCCAAGGGUGAGCUAGAGCACAGCCAAGUCAUGUGCCCCAGAGGUAAACUAGAACACAGGUCAUAUGACCUAUGGGAAAGCUAGAACACAGCCAGAUCAAGUAAUCCAGAGGUGAACUAGACAGAAUCAAGUCAUGUAAUCCAGGGGAGAGCUAGAGCAUAGCCAAAUCAUGUAAUCCAGGGGAGAGUUAGAACACAGCCAAGCCAUGUAAUCCAGGGGAGAGCUAGAGCAUAGCCAAGUCAUGUAAUCCAGGGGAGAGUUAGAACACAGCCAAGCAAUGUAAUCCAGGGGAGAGCUAUAGCAGAGCCAAGUCAUGAAAUCCAGGGGUGAGUUAGAGCACAAUCAGGUCCUAUGGCCCAGGGGUGAGCUAGAGCAGUGUUUCCCAACCCAGUCCUCAAGGCACACCUACCAGUCCAGGAUUUAGGGAUGACCCAGUUGUGUCUAAGUUGUUUUUUUUCUUCUUUGUAAAAACACCUUAGACACAACUGGGUAAUCCCUAAAUCCUGGACUGGUAGGUGUGCCUUGAGGACCGGGUUGGGAAACACUGAGCUAGAGCACAACCAAGUCAUAUAAUCCAGGGGUGAGCUAGAACACAACCAAAUCAUGUAAUCCAAGGGUGAGCUAGAGCACAGCCAAGUCAUGUGCCCCAGAGGUAAACUAGAACACAGGUCAUAUGACCUAUGGGAAAGCUGGAAUAUCGGCAAGUCAUGUGACCCAGGUAUUAGCUAGAAAUCCACCAACUCACUUCUCUCAAGGGUGAAAUAGCUAAGUCAUGUGUCCUGGGAUGACAUAAAAUUACAUCAUGUGACGCAUAAUUCAAUUUGAACAGAAGCAUGUAAGUCAUCUGAGAAACUAAAAACGACAAAAUAAAACUGUUCUCAAGGCAGGAGAUAAGGAGUUAUAAAGAAGUCCAUGUGGCACAUGAAUAUUUUAUAGCAAGACAAGGUUCACUAAAUAAGAGAAAACCAGAAGUAGAAGUGUACCCUUUUGCUAAUAGCACCAAAUUAGGUAAAAAAAUGGUCUACUGUACCCGAUCUUGAAGGAAAUGAGGCGUAACCUGUCUAGACCGUUCUGGAAGACUCCUGCAGUGGCCAUCUCUCUUUGUGAUUAAAAUAAAAUCUGCUGAUAACAUUAUGUAUAAACAGGGAGAUCACUGAUGCCCCAGCACUUUACAAGGAACAUUUUCAGAAACAAAAAGAUUACAUUUAUUCACACUAUUAAUGAUCUUCAAACUAACCGUGCAAUUACGCACAAUAUGAUUCCUCUUCAUAACCUGAUAUGCCUCUGGCAGAGGAUCUGAGCGUUAAACAUCCCAGGACAGAUUGGGCAGCAGUGGCCAGCAAUAGCCAAAGUCAUAAAAAUCUGCGUUUCUGCUCAUCCACGCCUUUAAUAGACACAGAGCUAAGACGAAUACAUGCAAAUUAUUUGAGUAUUAAAACAAGACUAGGUUCAUGCAUAAAUCGCAAAGAUAAAGAGAAAUGCUCCAUUUUUAUAACUUCUCUUUUCCUAUACUGUUAAAGACAAACUGGUACUCCCAUGAUUUGAAAUAUUAUGUUUACAAAUCUCUAAAAUUAACAAAAAUAUAUUGGAGUGGUGUGAAAAAUAAAAUUAAAUAUUGAAAUUCAUACCUCUUUAUCCUGUGGCUGGGUGCUUCCAUCUUUGCUCCCGGUCAGUCAUUGUUAUCAGCUCUGUCCUGGGCACCUGGCAGUCAGCACAGACGAAACAUACAGAGACGAGGAGAACAUUAAACAAUGUUCCUGUUUCUCCUCUCUAGUCAUAAUGUUUGUUUGCCUAGUCUGAACUGGAUUAUGAUGUAAUUUGCCAAAUCUUUGAUUGAAAGAAAAGAGAAUCUUAUGAAAAAAGUUUGAAGUAGUUUGAUUUUCAAUAUUUUUGUCAAUGGCAUAAUUUACACCUAUAACUUGUUCUAAGAAGUGACUGUUCCUCUUUAAAGACAUGGCAGUCCCAUCCCAGCAGACAUAUUUUCCUGCUCCCUGUUGUACAAUCCCGGUCUGGUGAUUACAUGCUAUUUUCUUUUACUGAAGUCUACGGGGGUCACCUACCCUUCAUACUCUACCCUUCACUCUUCUCUUCAUAUCAGGGCAGGAAGUGCCUUGAAAACAAGUUCAAAGGAAAUCACUUCCCCUAGAAAUUUUAAACAGACAUGUCCUAAUAUUGUGAUUAUAAAAGAGUGCAGAUGUUGCCACUACCCUUCACAAUGUCACUGUUUCCAACUAGAUACAGAGAAAUGUUUAGACGACUGGGACACAUUCCAGGGAUUUUGCUAUAAACACUUCCAUGCCAGAAGAAGCUGGGAAGAGGCUGAGACUCACUGCAGGGACUAUGGGGGUCACCUGGUCAGCCUCAUGACCCCCGAGGAACAAGACUUUGUUAACAGUAAGUUAUUCUGAGUUCUGAUGUACAUACGUAUCAUGUCAGUAGAGCUCUAAACCUUCAAAAACUCUACAAGAAAGUUCCGAAAUAUGGGAUAUAUCUUCUGUUUAAAAUAAUAUAAUAAUAAUAAUAAAACAAAAUAAUGACCUCGCUUUGUGAGAUACAGAGUCACACAGAUACGCACACUGGCACAUGCACACACAGUUAGAUAUACACACAGUGACACAAACACCUUGACACAAAGAUAUACACACUGGCACAUACACACACACUCUGAUACACAUUAACACUCAGAUACACGCACUGGCACAUAUACACCCAAAUACACACAAUGGUAUAUACACAGAAACUGACAUACAGAUACACACACUGUCACAUACACACACUGAUACACACUGACACGUAUACACCCAAAUACACACAAUGAUAUACACACACACACACACUGGCACAGAUUUACACAAACUGACACACCGAUACACAUACACACACAGAUACACACACACAUAAACACACUGACACACAGCUACACACUGGCACAUAUACACCCAAAUAUACACAAUGGUAUAUACACACAAACUGACACACAGAUACACACACUGUCACAUACACACACACACUGAUACACAUUGACACACAGAUACACACACUGACACGAAUACACCCAAAUACACACAAUGAUAUAUACACACACACACACUGGCACAGAUUUACACAAACUGACACACAGAUACACACACUGUCACAUACACACACAGAUACACACACACACAUAGAUAAACAGAAUGACAUAAACACACUGACACACAGAUACACACUGGCACAUACACAAAAAUGCACACACUGACAGUUCAUGAUUUUUAUAUUUGCAGCCACCCUCUGUUAGCAUGCCUUUUGUAUUCAGGAGGGUGGUUUGCUUGGAGUGAUGCUGGCAGGGGCUGGGGUGUGAGAUCGACAGCAGCUCACUUCCCCCUGCUGCCUCUUUCCCUCUAGUGUGGUGCUCUCUAUGUAUGUAAGGAAGGGACUCCCAGCAUCUGAUACUACAGAGAUACCCAUCAGGUGGUCCUAAGUGCAUGAGCCACCUAGUGGGUAAAUACAGGCGGAUCCCCAGUUUUGUUCUGGGUUCCGCAGAACACAAACUGGGAAACGUUGGCCUACACCAUGUUCUGACCCAAGAUUCACUUGUGAAAGAUCUAGAACCUUUUAAUCAUCCUCCAGGCAAUUGACAAACGGUGUCCUAAAAAUAAUGACAGCUAGUGCGCAGGGUACCUAUAUGUACAACAUCAGAGUGGUAUUUUUGUAGUUGUUAAUACUAACGGCUAUUAGCAUCAGUGUUAACUAUGUCAAUUUAUUUUCAAACACUUACAAUACAAGGCAAUGCAGAGGGGACUUCAGAGUCCUAAGCAUUCAUAUCUAGAGGGUCCCAAGUUUAUCACCAAUAUACACAUUUAAUAUAACAAAGACUAGGAAGGCAGAAGAUACAUUCAGGUAUUUGCUUGUUGAAAUAAUUUCAUUGCUGUAGAAAUGAUCAUAUCAAAUUUUGUGUCAACCAGCAGAAGUCUCCAAAAAGUCAUCCAAUGACUGACAUCCCUAAGUGGUGGUUUUAUCAAAGCAAUUAAUACAACUUUAAUGCCUCGUUAAUAUACUAUAUAUUUCCACAUGCUCAAAUCUUUAUAGUGUUUGCAUAAUAAAAUGUUUUGCAGAAUGCCUGCCUCCUUAACCACGACCCCUCACUCCAGAUAAAGACUUCCUUAUCAAAUGUAUGUACAAAGUUUCAGCCCACAACAGCACCGAGUAAGCUGUGUACAUACGUUUGAUGAGGAAUCCUUUUUUAGGAGUGAGGGGGCGUGGCUAAAGAGGCAGGCUUAUGGUGCAACAUUCUGCCAAACAUUUAAUUUUUUUAUGCAAAAACGAUUAAGAUUUGAGCAUGCAAAAAAAUACAGCAUAUUAGUGAGGCCAAAAUCUAUUAAAUGCAUUGCAGUUGUAUUGGUGCCCAGAGUGUCCCUUUAACACACAUUUUCAAAAUUGAAACGCAUUCAAACAGAGCCAAAUGGAUUUAUAGGAAGCUGACCUGGUUCCGUUUACUGAAAUAUGGAUUUAAUGUUCUGUGAUCUACAUAUUCUGACAAAUUUACACGUCACUGAUUUGAUCAAGCUUAUUAUACCUACUGGAAUUAUUUCCUAAUGUGCUUUUUUGGGCUUGGGACUGACCAAAUUUAAGCUGACAAAUGUAGGGCUGCCUUCACAGUAGCCAAAUGCAGCAGAGUUUCCCUGCAGCCAAUCUAUCCGCACUGCAGAACGUGCCCGUUCUGCCAAGGAAAUUAUUAACUCUCUGUGAUGUGGACCUUCCUAAUCUUUAUAAGAUUAUGCUUAGAAUGCACCAGCAGUGGAGCGUUGUACCUCGUGAAGAUCCCAGUAUCAAAUAUACAUACACUGUGCCUGUGUAAUAGUCUGGUACAGAAGUAGCAAUAUUUAUGACUUCUUUGUCAUCAAUGCGGGCUGCAAUGUGGGCACAUGUUGGGUGCAGGUAAAAAGUUAUAAUUCAGUCCUAGUAUUUCAAUAUGUUUAUCACACUCAUGUGUAGGUAAUUGAUCUUCUGGCAUGCUAGAUGGGGACAUCACAUGAUACGAUUUUGGGUGGUGCUCUUGAGAUCCUCAUUUGGUGUUGGAAGACCAUAAAAACAUUGACUUGACAAAGUCAAAGUGAAUUUCAAAUUUAAGGCUAAAGUCAUUGUUCUUGAAGAACUAGCUAGAACUCAACUAUAUUUCUGAUUUGGCUACUUUGAGCCUAAAUUUGAAAUCCACUUUUAAUUAAUUUUGACUUCCUCCCCAAAAUUAUCACUUUAUUAAAUAUCCGUGACGGUUUAGUUUUUGAACUGUUGAUGAUUAUGAUGUUGUACACUAGUUAGGACGUAAUUUAAGGCAGAUUGAAAAUCCAUAGUUUAAAUGGAUGCAAGUGUUUGUGGGAUCUGUUAAUGUUUUCAGAAGAUAGAAUUUUCUCAAAAAUGAUGGGGUUAUGGGAGCAAGUGUUUUGGACUUUAGGGAAGGCUUCAAAAAACAUUUAAAUGUUACAGGUAGAAUGUGGGAGCGGGGAUGCAAUCAAAAUAUAUUUACUAAAUACACUGGAUUGGUUUACUGAUAUAUUUUUGUAUUUAUUAUCUAUUGAUAUGUUAAUAAAUGCACACACAAACUAUAGAUAGAAUAAAUACAGAGACCACUGGGGAUCACUUUGUAAAUCCACUCUUGUUUUCAAAUGAUGGUUAUUUGGUUGUAUUACAGAGUUUGGAAUUCAAAGUACAGCUGUUUGACUGCCGCUUUUUAAUUUCAAAACGAUGUUCAAGUCUGCUGGGUUUAAUGCUGUCCUACGAGCUUGCUUGCUAAGCACGUGUGUGUUGCCCCUUCUUUCCAAAGCCUCGUUAUAAUUUAACGGUCUUUAUUGGUGGAAAGUUCUACUGAUGGGGAAUCAUUUUUCCAAAUUUAUUUAAAUUAGUUAAUUCAUUUUUUUUCCACUAGAUGGCCACAAAGUAGCACUUGGAAUAACAAACACAAACUCGCUAUAUUUGAAGAGUACAUUACUGUCGUUUUAGUACAUGGGGGGGGGGUCCUAUAAAUUUAUGAUUCCCAUUUUGUUUUGCAUGAACAUGUCAGAUCAGUUGGUGUCUCAGUGAUCCUGACAGUCGCCCAUUCUAAUGGAGGAAAGGUGGUUUGUAAAAGCUAGCACUUCAGAUGAGAGAAUUUCUAAAAAACCUGCCAUGUAGAUCUCCCAUGACUUUAUUUUCUCUGUCUCUGCAGACCAGUACAGAGAAUACCAAUGGAUGGGUCUGAACGACAGGACAAUUGAAGGUGAUUUUCAGUGGUCCGACGGAAACCCUUUGGUGAGAUCUUCAACAUUAUAGAAAAAUGACCAACUAUUAAAUCAAUAUAGUAUAAAUCAAUUAAAAUUAUUUAACCAUCUUUCUCAUAGAUAUAGUACAUGGUAAUUUACUCCAGACAUGUAUGACGGUAAACAUAAGCGUUAUUUUCUAAGCUCCUCCUCUAAGCUGCCGGAUUUUGGCAUAAAAUAUCAUCAGUGUGUAUAUUAAGGGACACUAUAUGCACUAUAACCAUUUCAUCUAAUUGAAUUGGUUAUAGUGCCUAGAAUCCCCUGGCUUUAUGCCUCCCUUCAGUGUUAAAACAUUUUUGAGCAGUUUUAACACUGAAUUAGGGUCCUUGGCUUUUCAUAGCUUGGCCACAACUGUAGGUAUGGCUAAGACGGAGAUUACACACUUCCUUCUAUCCAUACUGAUUCAUACCAGCAUACGACGCUGUGAUAGGCUGAAAGGGGUCAGCUGACACUUAGCCAAUCGCCCAUUGCUGCUUGGGCUAAUCCUUCCUCAGUAGCCCUAGCAGUACAGAGAGGAUGGACUGCUGGGACUCUCAUUUAGCAUUAAACAUGGUUAAAUGCUGACUGGAAGAACGGCGCCAGUGGACUCCUAACACUAUAACCACUUCGGUAAGAUGAAGCAGAGUUACCAUAGUUUCCUUGUAAUAAUUUCAUUGUAUCUCUGCUCUUUCUGGGUUUUUUUUUUUUUUCUGUCUUGUUGGGAUUAGCUCUAUGAAAACUGGAACCAUAAACAGCCUGACAGCUACUUCCUCUCCGGUGAGAACUGCGUGGUCAUGGUGUGGCAUGACAGUGGGCACUGGAGCGACGUACCCUGCAACUACCACCUCCCAUACACCUGCAAAAUGGGGCUCGGUAAGAAAUCCAUCAUAUUUGUGCAGUGCAGUCCCCGGCCAGUUAUAUAUAAGCUGUACGUCAUGUUCUGUGGCUAUAGUACCCGUUUCGUAUUGGAAUUGGUAUGUAGGAUUGGCCUGUAAUUCUGUUGUAACUCACUUGCAGAUUAACUGGAUUGUAUAAAAAAAAAAAUAGCUUAAAGGGAAAUUGUCACUUCACAGGAUUUGUUAUAUUCUAUUUAUUUAUGUACUAUUUUUUUUUUAAAUCAAAUAUAUAAUUGUGAAAAAUUUUAAAUUAAAUGCAGAAAUCCUCAUCUUUCUAUAUUGUAACUGGGUUCCUCCAUCUUGGCUCCCUGACAGUCAUUUUUAUAAGUUAUGUCCUUUGCUCCUGGCAGUCAGCAUAGAGACAGAGAGGCAGAGAAAUGUAACAAUGAUUCUGUUUCUUGUCUUUAUUUGCAUUGUGUGCCCUGGCUGUGCCUUGUCUGAACUGGAGUAAAAUGUCAUGUGCUAAGUAUUUAAUAUAUAUUUAAAAGAAAAUGGAGUAUCUCAUCAAAAGAAAAAGAUUAACACAUGUAAUAGGUGAUUUUCAAUGUUUUAUUCCAUGGUGCAAAUUCCAGAGAAGUGAUGGCUCCCCUUUAAUAAAACCAUUCAGAACAUGCACGCUUCGAGACCGCAUUUUACUCUACUUGGUACAGCUAGGGUUUGGGGGUACGGUACUAUUCCGCUUUUAACAUUCUACAGAUAACUUUAUAUUUCUUGUUUAGUAUCAUGUGGUCCCCCUCCAGAAGUGGGCAAUGCCUCAACUUAUGGAAGGCCAAAAACGCGAUACCAGAUCGGCUCCAUCGUGGGAUAUGGUUGUGAAGAUGGUUUUCUACAGCGUGAUUCACCCAUCAUCAAAUGCAAACCAGAUGGCUCGUGGGAAACACCACAAAUAAACUGUAUUCCUGGUGAGUGAAAUCAAGAGUCACGCGUGGGGGAAAGAUCACAGUUUAAAGUUUCAAAAGAGCACAGGAAGGUUGUUGUUGAGUUUGGUAUCCAAUUAAAAAGCAAUUAAAAUGAGAUGGAAAAAUGUUUCACUUUCAUAACUCUCCCCUUUUGUUCCCAGCACCUAACUACUACAGUGAGCUUUAGUGGUUAUGGUGUUCGAAGUUUGAAUAUACAAUAAUAGUGGGUGCUUUGCUUUAGCACAGCCUUGUAGGUAAAUUCUAGUAGCAUUUUACACAGUACACCAACAUCUCUACCAUAAUAUGGACCUGGCAGGGACAGUCCAAGUUAUAUUUUGGUGCUAGUGAAACAUGGUUCCUAUGGCAAACCCAUCUUAUUAUAUGGUAGCUACAUAUCCAAAAUGACUUCUGAUGAGGUGUACUGAGUAAUCUGAGCUUGACCAGAAUAACUUUGAUUUUGCCAGUUGAAGGAACACUCCAUAACCACUGCAUUGUGCUGUAUUGGUUUUGGUGACAGAAGUGACCAGGAGGGGUAAAUUUGCCCAUUGUUUGGCACUUUGCAGACCCAUAGUAAGUUGUCAGUCACAGCUUCCAUUAGAGCCAGAAGCCCCUGCAGAGAGUUUCUAUUAUUUCCCUUGAGCUUAGCCCUAUAGUGCACAGCUAGCUUUUUGGCUGAGAGCAUCCAACGGGCUGGCUUUUUGGCUGAGAGCAUCCAACGGGCUGGCUUUUUGGCUGAGAGCAUCCAACGGGCUGGCUUUUUGGCUGAGAGCAUCCAACGGGCUGGCUUAUUGGCUGAGAGCAUCCAACGGGCUGGCUUUUUGGCUGAGAGCAUCCAACGGGCUGGCUUUUUGGCUGAGAGCAUCCAACGGGCUGGCUUUUUGGCUGAGAGCAUCCAACGGGCUGGCUUUUUGGCUGAGAGCAUCUUUUUGGCGAGAGCAUCCAACGGGCCGGCUUAUUGGCUGAGAGCAUUAAUUGAGUUGGCUUAUUGGUUGAGACCAUCAAACGGGCUGGCUUAUUGGCUGAGACCAUCAAACGGGCUGGCUUAUUGGCUGAGACCAUCAAACAGGCUGGCCUAUUGGUUGAGCGCAUUAAUUGAGUUUGCUUAUUGGCUGAGAGAAUCCAUCUGGCUUAAUAUAGAGAUAUUCUAGAAGCAGGAAGAGAUGACCGGUGCCCAGUGGACCCCAGGUAAGUUGUCAAACCAUUUCAGAAGGUUUGAGUACUUACGUUGGGAUGGUGCCAUGGCAGUCUUGGGACUAAACCACUGUGGGUCACUUUAGUGAUUAUAGUGCUUGAAAUCUCCCAGAGGAAUUAAAAGAAGGCUCCAAUGCCUGUGCAUUUACCAGUUUCAGCAGGUUUGUGACACAUCGGCUGAACUUCUGUAUACAACAAAAAUGUGUGAACUACCUAUUGUGGAACUUAAAGGAUCACACCAGCUUGCAGAAGUGCUUUAUUGGUAAUGAGUACCUUAUUAAAAAAGUAUUUUAUAAAAGUGCCGAUUUCUUUGCGAAAUCGACGCAAUAGAAAUCGGCUCUAUUAUUAUUAAAAAAAUGGAACACCUCCCUAGCUGUCAAUCACACAGCCAGGGAGGAUUCCUUCCUACUUCUGUUAGUUCCCCUGAGCCAACAGAAAUGGCAUGCACGUUCUACUUGAGCGUGGCUGCCUCCCCCCGCAUACCUCUUCUCAGACAUCAGAUCAGAGUUGUUUCUGAACACUGUGCGCACGCAUGAUUGAGCAGGAGCAUGCACACAUGAACCAACACAUGCGCACGUGAUGAUCGCAUCCAGGGCAUCGCUUUGCAAGCUCUUUUAAUAUAUCCCCCUAAUGAAUACAUGCAUGGAGAAAUUAAUGCAUGCAUUCAUUGAGGGUAUAUCUACUUCACAAUGACUUUUUGUUUUCCCAUGUUUUUGACUGUGGAGUAGUCCUUUAAAUUAAAUCGGCAAAACAGCAAAGCACUUGAUGGGAGGGGUUGACCGCAGAUGUUGGCAAAUUAAUGUCAUCAGACUGCAAAUGUUUUGAAGAUGUAAAAAUGCCUGCUUAAGCUCCUAUACCUUCGAAAUAACUCAGGGGCUCUAGUCUAGCGCUCUAUUUUUAUUUAUUUUAAUUUUUUGCAGAACUUCAAUGAAGUGAACAUUUGAAAUCCCGUCUCCUUCAAAACCCUUUUUUUUAAGAUGCCUCAUGCCAGAGACUAAAUGCAAGAGCUUUGGGAUUUAUUCCUUGAACCCUUUGGCUACAGAUGAACCCGAGAAGAACGAAAAAAGGAUGACCAACAUGACCAAUAGAAGAUGCCAGUUCAUUACCAUUGGGUUUCCCCUCCUCGUGUAGGCUGAUGUAUUGAACUACACCCCGAGCACCACAACACUCAAAAAAAAAAAAACUAUUAAAACAUCCCAGUAAAGUCCGAGAGGAGUUUAGGGCCCCUUUAAGUCAUCAUAAAACAUGUUUAGAGGAAGGAUUAAUGUAUGACUGAAGAUAUUCAUUUGUAGAAAGCCAUUGAUGUGCCCGUAAAAAUGCCAACUGCCACGAUAGACCACCUAUGUUCAAACAGAGACUCUUUAAGGCUUAACGUUUUUGUAGGCCCUUAGUAACUUGACCGCUCUUGAUCCAAUAUGGCCUCUGCUAAUUCCCCUUGAUUCUCUAAAGCUUAUUACUAGAUGUAUUCUAUAAUAUGUCUGUCCCCUCAAUCAAUGUAUUCUGAAGGUGAAUUAAAUUUUUGGUUUCAUUCCUCAGCACCACUUUUUUAUAUUCAUACUAACGUAACCUUUUAAGCAAGAGAUCUGCAUAGUAAUUACGUUUAUGCUGGUACCAUGUUCUGCAAGAGUCUCCUUCGCUUCCGCAGGUUAUGUACAAAGGGUAAGGAUUAAAAUGCCCAAAGGCAAACUUAAUGUUAAACAGCGCCACCUGCCAGUUUUCAUUGGGUACUUCAUCUGUAUUUUAUAUAUUGUUUCUACUGUAAUAUGUUGUUUAACAAGCACAUAAUAAUAUUAAUUGUUUAAUGUUAAUAAAGGAUCUCACUGA